AUGAGCGCUCCACCAGUGAUCCGACCGCCAAGUCCCCUGUCCCCGGGGUCCAAUGGCAUCUCUUUCCAGAUACAGAUCGGGCUGAGCCGCGAGCCCGUUCUUUUGGACUCUGUCGACUUCAGCCUCGCUCAAGUCCGGGAGAUGGCAUGUUCCAUCGUGGACCAGAAGGUAAUAUCCUAUCACUUCUGUACCGCCAUCCUUAUUAUCGAUUUAGUUGAAAAACAUGUAAAUAUGCGCAAAUAAGCCUAGUUAUUAGUGAUCUAUUAACUUUUGCGUACAUGUUUACAUUCAGGUAUACAGACUUCAGUCUAUUGUAUGGCGUGACAUAAUCCAUACCACUGGGCACAGACGUCAAUUCAACGUCUUAUCCACCUUGGUUCAACGUAAUUUAAUUGAUAUGACGUGGAAGCAACGUUGAUUCAUCCAGUGUGUGCCCAGUUAUUUCCGUUCCAACAUGAUAACGUUUCCACGGGCCCAAGUUAUUGUAAUUGGUAUCGGUAACACAUAUAAAGUGCCUGGGUUGCACCUCUGUCAUCCUCUGAAGCAUGGGUGUUAAAAUGUAGGCUUUUGAUGUUGUCUAAGGGUUACAGUAGUAAUAGUGACGUGACACUAGAAAGCAGAAACACCUUCUGUCCCAGGGUUAUUAGUGUGUGAGGGGAAAUGACACUAUGUUCUUAAUUAAGUAAGGAACAAAAUAUAUAUGAACUACAGGAGGUUGUACCUCAACACCUUUUCUAGACACAUUUUAUCACAGAGAGGUUCCCUCUCAUGUAUAGCUGCUCAGAAACACUUAACACUCAUUUAAAUAGUAUGAAGUGAGGUGAGAUCUUAAAUGUGUGUGAGUGUGUGCGUAUGUGUGUGUGUGGUGUAUAAAGUGACAAAGCUAACAGUAUGCAACAGGGCCUAUACAGUGUGGAUUAUGAGAAAGUACAUUUGAUUUAACAUUAGCAUAUCCAGGGAUGGAUCGAGUUCACUUUAUAGAAGUUAAGAUUUGGCCCUAAAUGCCUACUAUAAAGAGGCUAGAAUUAGUAAUCUAAAAGCUAGUUUGGCACGAUGAUUGCUCUUUCUAGGAUAAAUUACCUCCUUGGGAGUGGUUGCAUCAAAUGUUUGACAGCUUCAAGGUCCAAUCAAAGUUUACAGCACUACUCUGACAGCUCUCUGGGCCUUCUUUGCCAACUUAAAGAAGUCUGGUGUACUGAUUAGAAUGCCUAUUUAUAGACCAAAAUAUAGAGAUAAUCUUACUGUGGCAAAGAGAGAGUUAGAUAAUUUAAGGGCAAUGAUGACAUUGAUAGUCAUGUCCAAAGAGAAGUUCCUUGAAAAGGUCUUGUUAUAGAAUAGAUGGACAUGUCAAUAACCUUUACUGUCCGUCUGACAGUCUGAAACUGAUACUGAUUCAGACACUGAGUGCGGUUACAUGCACAGAAAAAUUUGAUUAUUGUGUACAGUCAGAUUAAUAUAAUAGUUCAUUAACAUGUUUGCAUGCUUUGCAAGAAGAACGAUUUCCCUAAUAAUCCUGUUUACAUUGACACAUCUGAAAUCAGGCUACUUGAUGAUACUCAUAUGCAGAAAAUUGCCAAUCAAAAUAAACGUUCUACCACAGUGAACAUGUUAUUUUUGGGAAGCAUAUUUGAUUCUGAGUUCAGACAUAUAGAGUUUGUAUGUGAAAACUACUUCUAAAACGUAUACAUUUAGUUGUUCCGAACACACUUCACUCAAGCUAAAGAGGGAGGCUCUCGGCUGGUGGUAGCACAUGCGCAGAUCAAAUACACUGCUGGAACGCUGAUUAAGUGGUAACGUCCUAAUAAUCCGAAAGAUUGCUCAGAAAAUCAGGUGUUUUAAUCGGCGUAUGCUUACUUCGAUUUUGACCUUAUGCCGAUUAAGAUAAACAGACUAAGGUGUUUACAUGACAAUUGCAUAAUCUGCUUACUGCCAUAAUCAGUUUAAUUUAGAAUUAUUAGUGUGCAUGUAAACAUACUCACUGUAAAGCUGUGCCUUUCAAUUAAGUCAUGUGGUUUUUAUUACAGUUAUACAAUUACAAGCUGAACAAAGAUUUACAGGAGUAAUCUGUAGUUAAACAAACAGAGAUACAGAUGUAGGAUCUUCAUUUCAGCUAGUUUCUUACAGCAGGAAAAUAAUCCUGCAGCAAUAGGAAAUGUUAAUUAUUAUGUGGAUUAUAAUUAAUGGAAAUUUUUGUAAGGGUUGAUACAUUUUUCGUAAAUGUAUCAUGUUGGACAGAGACACGAGGACAGGCAGUCACCUCCUUGACCUCUUCAUCACUUCUUCAACCAGGAUCUUGGUUCCCAUCAAAAGGCUGUCUAAUAGACCUAAUAUACUGUUAACAGGCCAUCUCAUUGGAAUCCUGUAGAGCCAAGCGUUAUCAGGACUAAUUAAAAGGAUGGCGCCUUUGUUUGAAGUUUUACCACCUUUUGACAUUACCACUCUCUACAGCUCUUUUCAUUCAAGUGUCCUUAUUAAUCAGUUGGCACCACGUUGGUUUCUCACAGGAAGUGCUAACUUCCUUGUUCAGUCAGCGUCAGUCCAUAGGUAGAGCUGUGAUGUGAGCAGUGAUGACCACUUAGUGAUAGGCGAAGCAUCCAUCCCACAAGUACUUCAACCAACCUCAUCCACCUCCCUCCCUCCCUCCCCCCUCCCCCCUCCCUCCCUCCCUUCUUCUUCUUCUUCUUCUUCUUCUUCUUCUUCUUCUUCUUCUUCUUCUUCUUCUUCUUCUUCUUCUUCUUCUUCUUCUUCUUCUUCUUCUUCUUCUUCUUCUUCUUCUUCUUCUUCUUCUUCUUCUUUACACCAAGAUUUCUUUAUUUCUUCACCCACCAUAAAGACUGGGAUGCUUUCAUAAAUUCAUACUGUCUUGAAUAUGGUUUGAGAAACAGAAGUAAUGUAUGAGAUGUAUAUGGAGAUAAAGAUAGUGAUUUUUAUAUCAUGAUGAUAGCCAAUUGUAUUUUCUUUUUUCUCCAUGACUGUGUACAGUAUAGAUCUGGUAGUGUUUAACUUUCAUCCCUGGUCUUCUACAAAUGAGAAACAUUAAACAAACAUGAUCAAGUUAUAGUUUACUGUACGUGUCCCCAAGAUAUUAGAAAUGAAUUAGCGAAAUUAUUACAUUCUGUUGUCAGCUCCCCAAGGUUUGUCUCCUAGUUAGAGAAUGGUCCCCCAGUUGCUUGGCAACUGAUGAUGAUUGCCUGUGAAGUAUCCAUAUGAGUGCCAUUAUCCUGAUGAGAGCCAUGUGCUGUAGGGUCACGUACUAGCAGACACACACACACACACACACACACACACACACACACACACACACACACACACACACACACACACACACACACACACACACACACACACACACACACACACACACACACACACCUACCUACCUUGGGAAGAACAGAACCGAAGAUGAAGGUUGUGCGAUGUGCAUAGGCCAUUGUGGAGCAGCUGUUUUGGAAAGCAUUCUAAGCACCAUGCACCUUUAUUAGCAUAAAAUAGAUGUUGUAGAGGGUCACCAUUCCCUUUGAGGAUCAUAGCCCUUUUCUGCCCCUGCACUCUCAUGAGUGCUCUCCCCUUAGUGUCGGCACCAUAAAAGCCCUCUUUGGUCUCAUCUGCUAAUUAACUAGGAUGUACAGUAUAAACCUGUUGUGUCGACUUUGUGUUAUCUAGUGUGUUCUUACAGACAAAUAUUCAUUGGCUCUGGUUGCAUCCUUUAAAGCUGCAGUCUGUAACUUAAACAACAACAAAACACUUGUAAACAACUGAGGGAUGAGGCUGGAGAAAUGUAACUGCACUCAAAUUACAUAGACGCCGUUAUGGAUGCAAGGACUGACCUUCCAUGAGAUGCGAUACAGUGUUUGUUUACACUUGCAAACAAUGGAGUAAAAUAAUAUUAUCUUUUGGGUUCUGAUGGGGUAUCAUAACAUUCUGAUAAGAUUAAUAGCUAUAUGAAAUUCCAAUUCCGGAUUGCCCCUUUACAAUAGAUGCUAGUGAUGCUAGAGCCCUCCUCAUUACAGAGCAUUGUACUCAUCCUCACCACUGAGAACAGAUAGAGAAAGACACCAAAGUAAUUUACCUCUGCCUGACUGUUAAUUACUUUAGUAAUUACGUAAACACUGCACGGCUCAAUAAUUGAAAUUACUCAAAUGAAACUGUGGUUUCUGUCAGUGUUGGGGGAAAAAGUUGAUACUACCGCCCCGUAGCACUCACGUCUGUAGCCUUGAAGUGCUUUGAAAGGCUGGUCAUGGCUCACAUCAACACCAUCAUCCCGGAAACACUAGACACACUCUAAUUCGCAUACCGCCCCGACAGAUCCACAGAUGACGCAAUCUCAAUUGCACUCCACACUGCUCUUUCCCACCUGGACAAAAGGAACACCUACAGUACCAGUCAAAACUUUGGACACACCUACUCAUUCAAGGGUUUUUCUUUAUUUUUACUAUUUUCAACAUUGUAGGAUAAUAGUGAAGAAAAAUACUAUGAAAUAACACAUAUGGUAACCAUAAAAGUGUUAAACAAAUCAAAAUAUAUUUUAUAUUUGAGAUUCUUCAAAGUAGCCACCAUUUGCCUUGAUGACAGCUUUGCACACUCUUGGCAUUCUCUCAACAAGCAUCAUGAGGUAGUCACCUGGAAUGCAUUUCAAUUAACAGGUGUGCCUUGUUAAAAGUUAAUUUGUGUAAUUUCUUUCCUUCUUAAUGCGUUUGAGCCAAUCAGUUGUCUUGUGACAAGGUAGGGGGGGUAUACAGAAGAUAGCCCUAUUUGGUAAAAGACCAAGUCCAUAUUAUGGCAAGAACAGGUCAAAUAAGCAAAGAGAAAUGACAGUCCAUCAUUACUUUAAGACAUGAAGGUCAGUCAAUAAGGAACAUUUCAAGAACUUUGAACGUUUCUUCAAGUGCGGUCAAAAAAAUGCAUUAUGAUGAAACUGGCUCUCAUGAGGACCGCCACAGGAAGGCCCCGAGUUACCUCUGCUGCAGAGGAUAAGUUCAUUAGAGUUACCAGCCUCAGAAAUUGCAGCCCAAAUAAAUGCUUCACAGAGUUCAAGUAACAGACACAUCUCAACAUCAACUGUUCAGAGGAGACUGUGUGAAUCAGGCCUUCAUGGUCGAAUUGCUGCAAUGAAACCACUACUUACUAAAGGAAACCAAUAAGAAGAAGACACUUGCUUGGGCCAAAAACACGAGCAAUGGACAUUAGACCGGUGGAAAUGUGUCCUUUGAUCUGGAGUCCAAAUACUGAGAUUUUUGGUUCCAACCACCGUGUCUUGUGAGACACGGUGUGGGUGAACGGAUGAUAUCCGCAUGUGUAUUUCCCACCGUAAAGCAUGGAGGAGGAGGUGUUAGGGUGUGGGGGUGCUUUGCUGGUGACACUGUCUGUGAUUUAUUUAGAAUUCAAGGCACACUUAACCAGUAUGGCUACCACAGCAUUCUGCAGCCAUAUGCCAUCCCAUCUGGUUUGUGCUUAGUGGGACUAUCAUUUGUUUUUCAACAGGACAAUGACCCAACACACCUCCAGGCUGUGUAAGGGCUAUUUUACCAAGAAGGAGAGUGAUGGAAUGCUGCAUCAGAUGACCUGGCCUCCACAAUUCCCCGACCUCAACCCAAUUGAGGUGGUUUGGGAUGAGUCGAACGGCACAGUGAAGGAAAAGCAACCAACAAAUGCUCAGCAUAUGUGGGAACUCCUUCAAGACUGUUGGAAAAGCAUUCCAGGUGAAGAUGGUUGAGAGAAUGCCAAGAGUGUACAAAGCUAUCAUCAAGGCAAAGGGUGGCUAUUUGAAGAAUCUGAAAUAUAUAAUAUAUUUUGAUUUGUUUAACACUUUUUUGGUUUUGAUGUCUUCACUAUUAUUCUAUAAUGUAGAAAACCCUGGAAUGAGUAGGUGUGUCCAAACUUUUGACUGGUACUGUAUGUGAGAAUACUGUUCAUUGACUACAGCUCAGCGUUCAACACCAUAGUGCCCACAAAGCUCAUCAGUAAUGUAAGGACCCUGGGACUAAACACCUCCCUCUGCAACUGGAUCAUGGACUUCCUGACGGGCCGCCCCCAGGUGGUAAGGGGAGGCAACAACACAUCUGACACACUGAUCCUCGACACAUGGGCCCCUCAGGGAUGCGUGCUUAGUCCCCUCCUGUACUCUCUGUUCACCCACGACUGCGUGGCCAAGCAUGACUCCAAGACCAUCGUUAAGUUUGCUGAUGACACAACAGUGGUAGACCAGGUCACUGACAACGAUGAGACAGCCUAUAGGGAGGAGGUCAGAGACCUGGCAGUGUGGUGCCAAGACACAACCUCUCCCUCAACGUGAGCAAGACAAAGGAGCUGAUCGUGGACUACAGGAAAAGGAGGGCAGAACACCACGCCCCAAUUCACAUCAACAGGGCUGUAAUGGAGUGGGUCGAGAGCUUCAAGUUCCUUGCUGUCCACAUCACCAACAAGCUAUCAUGGUCCAAACACACCAAGACAGUUGUGAAGAGGGCACGACAACGCCUAUUCCCCCUCAGGAGACUGAAAAGAUUUGGCAUGGGUCCCCAGAUCCUCAAAAACUUAUACAGCUGCACCAUCAAGAGCAUCCUGACCGGUUGCAUCACUGCCUGGUAUGGCAACUGCUCGGCAUCCGAUCGUAAGGCGCUACAGAGGGUAGUGCGUACGGCCCAGUACAUCACUGGAGCCAAGCUUCCUGCCAUCCAGGACCUCUGUACUAGGCGGUGUCAGAGGAAGGCCCAACAUUUAAAAAAAUAUUCCAGCCACCCAAGUCCUAGACUGUUCUCUCUGCUACCGGUAACGGAGCGCCAAGUCUAGGUCCAAAAGGCUCCUUAACAGCUUCUACCCCCAAGCCAUAAGACGGCUGAACAAUUAAUCAAAUGGCUACCCAGACUUUUUUUUUACACUGCUGCUACUCGCUGUUUAUUAUCUAUGCAUAGUCACUUUACCCCUACCUACAUGUACUUAUUACCUAAAUUACGUCAACUAACCUGUACCCCGCACAUUGACUCAGCACCGGUACCCCCUCUAUAUAGCCUCGUUAUUGCUAUUUUAUUGUGUUACUUUUUUAACUUUAGUUUAUUUAGUAAAUAUUUCAAAAAAAUGCGUUGUUGGUUAAGGUCUUGUAAGUAAGCAUUCGGCGCAUGUGACAAAUAAAUUUGAUUUGAUUUGAUAUAAUAUUUUUACGAUAUAUCGUACCGUUUUGACAGUAUUGCAAUAUUAUUUUUGUGCUAGUUUGCUGUACCAGCACCAAAACUCCAGUAUUUUUCCUUCAUAGCUUGUUCUCCAUCUUCUUUAUAAAUAUGGAGCCAAUUUGUUUUCAGCACUUUUAUUUCCAUGACUGAUCAAUGCUUGUUUCCUCAUAUCUCUCUCUUGUCACUCUGCAGCUGACAUAUGGAGCGCAAUAUGUUUGGAACAUCGAAUCACAAUAAAAUCACAGUAUCAAAUCACAAUACAAAUAGAAUCAUAAUACAGUAUAGAAUCACAAUACAAAUCGUAUCACCACAUACAGUGAGGGAAAAAAGUAUUUGAUCCCCUGCUGAUUUUGUACGUUUGCCCACUGACAAAGACAUGAUCAGUCUAUAAUUUUAAUGGUAGGUUUAUUUGAACAGUGAGAGACAGAAUAACAACAAAAAAAUCCAGAAAACCGCAUGUCAAAAAUGUUAUGAAUUGAUUUGCAUUUUAAUGAGGGAAAUAAGUAUUUGACCCCUCUGCAAAACAUGACUUAGUACUUGGUGGCAAAACCCUUAUUGGCAAUCACAGAGGUCAGACGUUUCUUGUAGUUGGCCACCAGGUUUGCACACAUCUCAGGAGGGAUUUUGUUCCACUCCUCUUUGCAGAUCUUCUCCAAGUCAUUAAGGUUUCGAGGCUGACGUUUGGCAACUCGAAACUUCAGCUCCCUCUACAGAUUUUCUAUGGGAUUAAGGUCUGGUUCUCACCCAAGAUUUGACGGUACAUGGCCCCGUCCAUCGUCCCUUUGAUGCGGUGAAGUUGUCCUGUCCCCUGAGCAGAAAAACACCCCCAAAGCAUAAUGUUUCCACCUCCAUGUUUGAUGGUGGGGAUGGUGUUCUUGGGGUCAUAGGCAGCAUUCCUCCUCCUCCAAACAUGGCGAGUUGAGUUGAUGCCAAAGAGCUCCAUUUUGGUCUCAUCUGACCACAACACUUUCACCCAGUUCUCCUCUGAAUCAUUGGCAAACUUCAGACGGGCAUGUACAGUGGGGAGAACAAGUAUUUGAUACACUGCCGAUUUUGCAGGUUUUCCUACUUACAAAGCAUGUAGAGGUCUGUAAUUUUUUAUCAUAGGUACACUUCAACUGUGAGAGACGGAAUCUAAAACAAAAAUCCAGAAAAUCACAUUGUAUGGUUUUUAAGUAAUUAAUUUGCAUUUUAUUGCAUGACAUAAGUAUUUGAUACAUCAGAAAAGCAGAACAUAAUAUUUGGUACAGAAACCUUUGUGUGCAAACCUGGUCUUGACCAGGUUUGCACACACUGCAGCAGGGAUUUUGGCCCACUCCUCCAUACAGACCUUCUCCAGAUCCUUCAGGUUUCGGGGCUGUCGCUGGGCAAUACGGACUUUCAGCUCCCUCCAAAGAUUUUCUAUUGGGUUCAGGUCUGGAGACUGGCUAGGCCACUCCAGUACCUUGAGAUGCUUCUUACGGAGCCACUCCUUAGUUGCCCUGGCUGUGUGUUUCGGGUCAUUGUCAUGCUGGAAGACCCAGCCACGACCCAUCUUCAAUGCUCUUACUGAGGGAAGGAGGUUGUUGGCCAAGAUCUCGCGAUACAUGGCCCCAUCCAUCCUCCCCUCAAUACGGUGCAGUCGUCCUGUCCCCUUUGCAGAAAAGCAUCCCCAAAGAAUGAUGUUUCCAUCUCCAUGCUUCACGGUUGGGAUGGUGUUCUUGGUGUUGUACUCAUCCUUCUUCUUCCUCCAAACACGGGGAGUGGAGUUUAGACCAAAAAGCUCUAUUUUUGUCUCAUCAGACCACAUGACCUUCUCCCAUUCCUCCUCUGGAUCAUCCAGAUGGUCAUUGGCAAACUUCAGAUGGGCCUGGACAUGAGCUGGCUUGAGCAGGGGGACCUUGCGUGCGCUGCAGGAUUUUAAUCCAUGACGGCGUAGAGUGUUACUAAUGGUUUUCUUUGAGACUGUGGUCCCAGCUCUCUUCAGGUCAUUGACCAGGUCCUGCCGUGUAGUUCUGGGCUGAUCCCUUACCUUCCUCAUGAUCAUUGAUGCCCGACGAGGUGAGAUCUUGCAUGGAGCCCCAGACCGAGGGUAAUUGACCGUCAUCUUGAACUUCUUCCUUUUUCUAAUAAUUGCGCCAACAGUUGUUGCCUUCUCACCAAGCUGCUUGCCUAUUGUCCUGUAGCCCAUCCCAGCCUUGUGCAGGUCUACAAUUUUAUCCCUGAUGUCCUUACACAGCUCUCUGGUCUUGGCCAUUGUGGAGAGGUUGGAGUCUGUUUGAUUGAGUGUGUUGACAGGUGUCUUUUAUACAGGUAACGAGUUCAAACAGGUGCAGUUAAUACAGGUAAUGAGUGGAGAACAGGAGGGCUUCUUAAAGAAAAACCAACAGGUCUGUGAGAGCCGGAAUUCUUACUGGUUGGUAGGUGAUCAAAUACUUAUGUCAUGCAAUAAAAUGCAAAUUAAUUACUUAAAAAUCAUACAAUGUCAUUUUCUGGAUUUUUGUUACAGACCUCUACAUGCUUUGUAAGUAGGAAAACCUGCAAAAUCGGCAGUGUAUCAAAUACUUGUUCUCCCCACUGUAUAUGUGCUUUCUUGAGCAGGGGGACCUUGCGGGCGCUGCAGGAUUUCAGUCCUUCACGGCGUAGUGUGUUACCAAUUGUUUUCUUGGUGACUAUGGUCCCAGCUGCCUUGAGAUCAUUGACAAGAUCCUCCCGUGUAGUUCUGGGCUGAUUCCUCACCGUUCUCAUGAUCAUUGCAACUCCACAAGGUGAGAUCUUGCAUGGAGCCCCAGGCCGAGGGAGAUUGACAGUCUUUUGUGUUUCUUCCAUUUGCGAAUAAUCGCACAAACUGUUGUCACCUUCUCACCAAGCUGCUUGGCGAUGGUCUUGUAGCCCAUUCCAGCCUUGUGUAGGUCUACAAUCUUGUCCCUGACAUCCUUGGAGAGCUCUUUGGUCUUGGCGAUGGUGGAGAGUUUGGAAUCUAAUUGAUUGAUUGCUUCUGUGGACAGGUGUCUUUUAAACAGGUAACAAGCUGAGAUUAGGAGCACUCCCUUUAAGAGUGUGCUCCUAAUCUCAGCUCGUUACCUGUAUAAAAGACACCUGGGAGCCAGAAAUCUUUCUGAUUGAGAGGGGGUCAAAUACUUAUCUCCCUCAUUAAAAUGCAAAUCAAUUUAUAACAUUUUUGACAUGCGUCUUUCUGGAUUUUUUUGUUGUACAAAAUCAGCAGGGGAUCAAAUACUUUUUUCCCUCACUGUACGUAUCGUGAUAUUAUCGUAUCGUGAAGUCCCUGGCAAUACCCAGUCCUAAUGUUAGGUGUUAAGUACAGUACAACUGGAUUAUGUAUAAUAACUUCAAUAGUUUUAUAACACUGUGAUCACUUCCUUGAUAUUUUCUAAUGAUCACCACGUUUGAAUAAAAAUGAAUGGUUGAUCAUUGUCUUGUUAUUCAAAACUGUUCUAAAAUGUCAGUGAUCUUUGUGCAUAUGACAUUCUGUGAGAUGGAAUGUACUGUAACUCCUCACCACGCUCACAACACACAUAGUUUGCAUUCCAAAUGGAACCCUAUUCCCUAUGGGCCCAGGUUAAAAGUAGUACACUAUAUUGGGAAUAGGAUGCCAUUUGCGACACAUCCAUAGGCUACAGUACAGUACAGAACAUUAUACGGUAAACCUUCACAGUCAGAACUUAAACAUUUUUAAUGAGCACACUAUAGACUAGAGCCUACAGUAGCAGAGCCAGUACAGUGUAGACCUACUGAGAGACUGCACUGGGGUGGUGUGGGCAUGCCAGCAGUAUGGCAGAGCUGUAAAAUAGUCUCUAUAAAGUGUGAAAAUACAGCUAUUAAGUUCAGAGAUACUUGCAGAUGUAGGAUCUUAAUUUGAUCACCGUGUUGCAGGAGAACAUUCCGGAAAUGCAGGAAAUGUAAAACUUGUAGUAUAUUUGAGGUUUAAAAAGGCUUCUGAAAUUUGUCAUUUCCACUUUGAAAUUUCAGACUUGAUUUUCCUUUAUGAAAAAUUUAUCAACCCCUACAAAAAUGUCCAUUAAUUAUAAUCCAAAUAAUAAUUCACAUUUCCUGUUGCUGCAGGAUUCUUUUCCUGCUGUAGCAAACUGGAUUUAAUUUUUUUUUAAUGCUGUACUUCUUGUUAACGUAAUGUAUGCUAAUGUUCUGUUUUUGAGCUAAUGCCCAAUUGACUCCCAUUCACUCCUUGAGGAGUACACUGCUUGUCCCAGAAUCACCCAGAAUGCAACGCGCGGCCCAUUCACGACGUGUGGGCAACGCACACAAUGGCCGUUAAUACGAUUCCAAUUGAGUUUCCCAUCUCCUAAAAAGUAUCUCUGUUAAGGUGACAAUGAGAAACAGUCUUAAAAGAUAAUUAUAAUUAAAUACAGUGUCAAAUUAUUAACCAAGAACGUAUUCUCUUUGUCGACUAUAGUUGUGUCUGGGAGAAAGAGAGUAAGAGAUUGGUAGCGAGUACAGUACAUUAGAGUAGAGUCCAUGUCAGAUUCAGGUGUUACACAUCUCAAAUGCUUGUUAAUUAGUGCAGUGCGUACUGCAUAAGAUCAGUUUCAUAUACAUACAGUAUACAUACAGUGUACAUACAGUAUACAUAGUUAUUCAGCUAAGUGAGUGAGCACUCCAGACCCUUGGUUAUUCACUGUAAAAUGAAAAGUACAGUAUAAUAACAAGUAGGAAUUUCAUUUACAGUGAGACACGUUAAUUGAUUUUGUUCCAGUAAUUAGUCUUCACAAUCAACAAUGAUUUACUUUCUUUACUGAUCAUGGACACCCACCCAUCAUACCCCAUGGUACCUAUUAUUUAUCAGCUAUCUCCCUAGCUUUCAUACCAGACAUUCUCUCUUAAUGCAAGUGUUCAAUACUAGGGUUGUAAAAUUCUGUUAACUUUCCCCAAAUUCACAUUUAAUACAGGUUAGAGGAUUCCAGAUUUCCUGCUUCCGAAUUUUCCAACCAGUAUUUCUGAAAAACCUAGGAAUUUGGGGAAAGUUACUAGAAUUUUGCAACUCUAUUCAAAUACAGUGCAUUCGGAAAGUAUUCAGACCCCUUGACUUUUUCCACAUUUUGUUACGUUACAGCCUUAUUCUAAAAUGGAUUAAAUCAUUUUCCCCCCUCAUCAAUCUACACACAAUACCCCAUAAUGACAAAGCAAAAACAUUUACAUAAGUAUUCAGACCCUUUGCUCAGUACUAUGUUGAAGCACCUUUGGCAGCGAUUACAGUCUUGAGUCUUCUUGGGUAUGACGAUACAUGCUUGGCACACCUGUAUCUGGGGAGUUUCUCCCAUUCUUCUCUGCAGAUCCUCUCAAGCUCUGUCAGUUUGGAUGGGGAGUGUCGCUGCACAGCUAUUUUCAGGUCUCUCCAGAGAUGUUCAAUCGGGUUCAAGUCCGGGCUCUGUCUGGGCCACUCAAGGACAUUCAGAGACUUGUCCCGAAGCCACUUCUGUGUUGUCUUGGCUGUGUGCUUAGGGUCGUUGUCCUGUUGGAAGGUGAACCUCUGCCCCAGUCUGAGGUCCUGAGCACUCUGGAGCAGGUUUUCAUCAAGGAUCUCUCUGUACUUUGCUCCGUUCAUCUUUCCCUCGAUCCUAACUAGUCUCCCAGUCCCUGCCGCUGAAAAACAUCCCCACAGCAUGAUGCUGCCAUCACCAUGCUACACCGUAGGGAUGGUGCCAGGUUUCCUCCAGACGUGACCCUUGGCAUUCAGGCAAAAGAGUUCAAUCUUGGUUUCAUCAGACCAGAGAAUCUUGUUUCUCAUGGUCUGAGAGUCCUUUCAGUGCCUUUUGGCAAACUCCAAGCAGGUUGUCAUGUGCCUUUUACUGAGGAAUGGGUUCCGUCUGGCCACUCUACCAUAAAGGCCUGAUUGGUGGAGUGCUGCAGAGAUGGUUGUCCUUCUGGAAGAAUCUCCCAUCUCCACAGAGGAACUCUGGUGCUCUGUCAGAGUGAACAUCGGGUUCUUGGUUACCUCCUUGACCAAGGCCCUUCUCCCCCGAUUGCUCAGUUUGGCCGGGCGGCCAGCUCUAGGAAGAGUCUUGGUGGUUCCAAACUUCUUCCAUUUAAGAAUGAUGUAGGCCACUGUGUUCUUGGGGACCUUCAAUACUGCAGAAAUGUUUUUGUACCCUUCCCCAGAUCUGUGCCUCGACUCCAAUCAAGUUGGAGAAUCAUCUCAAGGAUGAUCAAUGGAAACAGGAUGCACUUGAGUUCAAUUUCGAGUCUCAUAGCAAAGCGUCUGAACACUUAUAUAAAUAAGGUAUUUCUAAAAACCUGUUUUCACUUUGUCAUUAUGGGGCAUUGUGUGUAGAUUGAUGAUCAUUUUUAUUUAUUUAAUCAAUUUUAGAAGGGGUCCGAAUACUUUUCCGAAUGCACUGUACACUAGUAUCCCUGAAGAGUUACAUAAAUCACUUUUUUUUUUUUUGCAAGAUAGCAAUAUGAACUGUGGCAGGGUUAGUCUAGACUAGAGAGAUUGCCUUCUGCUUGUAAUUGUAUGUGGUGUGAGCGUUUAUGUGUACUGUACCGCAUAUCACACUGAGGGCUACAAGAAUAGCAAUAGCUGCAGCAACAGCUCUUCAAUGGCCGCCAGUCAUAGGGUUUGUGUGUGUGUGUGUGCGUGCACAGAGGGAGGCAGAGAAACAAAAUCCUGGUGGUGUAACAGUAUUGACCAAUGGUUGUCACACCACAACCAGCUACAGCUGGCCUGCAGAACGCACAGUGAGAAACAGUUUGGAGUGGUAGACUAGACAUAUGAGAAAACACUGCUCAUACCACACAGGGAUAAUACCCUGGCUGGAUACAUUUACAUUUUAGUCAUAUAGCAGAGGCUUUUAUCCAGAGCAAUUUACAGUAGGGAAUACUGGUACCCCAUGGGAAUCAAACCCACAACCCACAACCCUUGCAUUGCAAACGCUAUGCUCUACCAACUGAGCCACACAGGACCCAGAUGCUCAUUGACAGAAAUGCACAAUGGUGGUUUUACAAGAACACAUUUAUUGCAUACGUUGUGGUUGAGUCUUUUCUCUUUUCUAUUCAAUGGGUAUCAAUGAAUAAAUGUGAGAGAAUGUGAACAUGUGAGUAACCUGGAUGAACUACAGUUUGAGAAUUACUGAUAUUGUGUGAGUUACUUAACCUCAAAUGCCUUUCAUGUGUUUGUAUAUUGGAGCGAGCCUGUGACUGUGAGGGUCCGAUAUGGGCCUAGAACAGCUGAGGUGUGGACGUGGGCUGCAUGGAGGUUGUCAGCUAAUUAAUUGUGUAACAUUUUCUGUUGGUUUUGAGUGUUCAUGCGAAGUGGUGACUAGGGGUUUGCUGUGACAACGUGAUGAUGGCUGCACUGUAGCAGGGAUAUAAGGAUCAACAUGGUUUAGCUUUCAGAAUAUAGAUUUCAACACACAAUAUUUGGUGUUAAAAGCAUGAAUAAUCCAGAUUAAUAAAGCAGAACUUGUUAUUGUUCUUCUUGUUCUUGUCCUUCUGCUUCUGCUUCUGCUUCUCAGCAGCUCCAUAACAAAGUGUAUUAUGUAUUUACUCUUAGAACAUAAUGUUUUUAUCAAGAUGAAGCUUGGAUUUCCUCUACAAAUUACAAUUUUAAUGUCAGUGUGACCUGAUGCCGGGCAUGGUCCAAGUAAUGUAAUUAAAAACUCUCACAUUACACAUCACCUCACCAUAUUGUUGUACAGUGCUGUACUGGCCGCACAUUAACUGAAAAUCACUUCAAGGUUGACCUUUGAAAACAUAACUAACGAUUCAGUCUAAUUGUUUUUUGUGUGGAUAAGAAGUUUCAGAUUCUAUGUGAAGAAGCGCAAUAACAUUUUCCUGUGAAUGCGUGGUUAGUCUUGGAAAUAUGUGUCUAAUACACUUAGAAAGAAAGGUGUUAAGUAGAAGUUAAGUAGUAGGUUCUUCGGUUUGUCCCCAUAGGGGAACCCUUUUUGGUGCUAGGUAGAACCCUUUGCAGAGGGUUCUACCUACAACCCUCUAUGUAGGGUUCUUCAUAGAACCCCCUGUAAAUGGUUCUACCUAGAGCCCUCGAUGAACGGUUCUACUAAGAACCCUUGUAUCUUUGAAGGUUCUUCUUAGAACCCUAAAUGAACGGUUUCACCAACCUUACUAGCCUUUAAAAUUAAAAAUGACAAUACAUUACAUAUUGUAUACUGUAUCAUAAGGACUUUCUUUUGGUGACCUAAUUAUAACACAGUGGUGUUAAAAACUCCUGGUUUACAGGCCACAUCAGCCCUGCAAGUCACAUUAUGCUCACUUGCAAAGUGAUGUGUAAUUCCUAUUGGAAUCCAGCCAGAGUGAGGAAAUCCAACAAUUGGAACUUUCAUUCAACCUCAACCUGCAUUCAGAAUGACUGCCAGGGUAGAGAAGAUUGAUUACUGACACUACCUAAAUCAUCUAAACUGGAACAACCAUCUCAGUAACGAGUGCAAUAAAUCCAACUACUAACAGUUUGUAUUAGUUUAGAAAAAUGUGUUAUUUAUCUUUGUGUAGCAUAAGAUCAAUCAACCAAUCAAUGUUCAUGCAAAAAACACAGAUAUUGAAACAAACAAUUCUGAAAUUCAACCUGCAAUAGAGCAUGCUGGGAAAUAUGAUAAUGAUGAGUGUGGUUUUUUCAGUGUUUUUCCCUACACAGUGUCAAAAUGACACAAUCACACUCAACUCUGGUUAUUAACACCAACAGUGGGGUUCUUUUGCACCAUUGAGUGUUAAGUUAAUUUAACUCCUGAAUCAACACUAUAAAUGUUACACUGAAAAAUCAACACUAGGUAAAACUGGCCAAUUUGCUGUGUACCAUACAAUACACUGCCGGUUCACUCAUACUAUUCUCUUACUCUCUGCUCAAUAAAAUCAUUGAAAAUACUAAAUUGAAAGACAGAAAACAUUCUCACACCUAUCUUUUUAAGUGUAUCAGAUUACUCCAACUCCUGAUGUUAACGUUGAAACACUUAGGUAAACACUAAUGCUCAGUCACUAUUUAAAAGAAAUAAAAAAACAUUACAAUAAAAAAGCUUAUUCAAAUUCAGAAGGGUUCUAAAGAAUCAUCAAAGAACCCUUUCUUCCAAAACGGUUCUUAGGAUGUUUUAAGGUAGAACCCUUUGACUUACAAAGAACCCUUGUCUUCCAAAAAGGGUUCUUCAGAUGAAAACCGUUCUUGGCAUAACCUUAUCCCUCCGCAAAGAACCCCUUUGGAACCCUUUUUAAAUGUAAAACUUUGUACAGUGGAGUUUGACAAUAUCUCACCUUCGGUGAUGACAAGAGCUUGGACAAGUCAGGCAAUCUCGAGGGGUCACUAUCUGUAUGUGCUAUACUGUGUGUGCUAUACAGUAUCAGCCAAGCCACAUUCACACCUCUGUCUCUUGAUAUGGAGUGGCUUUCCAUUUACACAACUCAGUCAGGACUCUGGGCCAAAGACCACACUAUUUCUGGGGUAAAGGUGUCAGUGAGUAAACACAAGGAAAGGUGUUUAACUUUUUACGUAAUGCACUGUAUUUUGGGAGUACAUGCCAUCGCUCUUGACAGGAAGGUGAUCCUAUGAGCCUAUAAGAUUGUCAGGAUUUGUAAGUUGCAAUUCGAUUGAAAUGGUGUCCAAUUUAUGUGAUGCAAGGCUAAUAUUUACAGUAACUCCAUUAUUAGAACGAAAUAGUAAGCAAUAUACGGCCACAGUCAUGAGGUACAAGCACUGGAAACUGAUCCAUAACAUGAAACAAAAAUAAAUUAACAAAAGGAAGAGGCAAUUGAUAUCAAAGGAAUGAGCAUGUUAUGUGGGUCAUUCCACCAAUUCGGUGCCUUUUGAGAAGUGUAACUUGGAGAAAAAAAUAACGUUUGCGUUUACCUAAUUUUAACAUUCUGUCAUAACUUCAUAAAAAACAAGUUUUCCCAUAUCAAGAGGUUAAAUAUAUUGUUUAAAUAGUAAAAGUGCCUGCCUAUUAAGUGCCAAAAAAAGUAACAGGGUUGGCCGUAACAGGGUUGACAAUUUUUUAUCUUAAAUCAGCCAUACAUCCCCUUGUGACAGGGGGAAUGGAAGCUUGUUGUGUGCAACCGGGAGGGGCAAAAAAGUAAUUGUUAAAACAUUUCUAGCCUGUCUAUCUAUGGGUAACAGGCUUUUCACGUGUUAUGCUCGACCCACUCAGUUUUCCACCACAAAACACCAGAAAAUUGCCAAAAAGAGUAGAACCAGCUCACCUGCUUUUACACUAUGAUUUGACUAUCAGAUGUUCAAUGUUUCUUUUGAAACAAAUAUUUAAAAAGGAAUAGUUUCACAAUAUUAAAACGAGAGUUCAGUUCACGUAACAGGGUUAACCUUAAAAUUAGGGAAUAGCUUUAUUUUUUUCCUUAAAAUGAAUCAGUUUGAAAUGACUUUGUCAAAACAACAUUAUAACUUUACAAUGAUGGUGAAAACAUUUUGGGGUUAAGUGGGUUAAAAUCUUCCUGGAAGUCGACAGAGGGUGCACAGAGGGACAUGACAAAAUCUAGAAUGUUUGGCAAUUUAUUCAUAUAUCUUUUUUGAUUGAUUCUUAUUGAAUUCUCCAUGUGGUCAAUAUUUAUUUAUUGUUAUUAUUUAUGGUCACAUACACUGGAUAGAUGCAAAAGGGCACUUUUUUUAUUAAAGGGCACUUCAUUGAAUAUAACAGCCUUUUAAAAUGUAAUAUUGGUGCACAACCUCUACUUAAAAUAUCAAAGGCACUCAUUUCGUGGAACAACCCAUGUCCAUUUUGAGAGUGCUCAUGUUAUUCUUAGUAUUUUUUUCCCCACUCAAUUCUGCUUAGUCACUCAUCUCCACACAACUGUGAAAAUAGUGUAAGGUGUACUUCCUUUGUCAGAGCAGUAUAGCAUUUGGUUUUGCUAUUCUUGGGCAUUAAUUUACAAACUUUAUGACCACGGUGCUUUUAGACACUUCUAACCACUGAGAUGUAUACAGUACCGCUGCGACAGACUGCUCUCCCACUACUAAGACACUUGUCGUUCAGUUGCAGCUGAUGUGCACAUAGGUUGGAGUCAUUAAAACAUGUUUUUCAAGCACUCCACAAAUUUCUUGUUAACAAACUAUAGUUUUGGCAAGUCGGCUAGGACAUCUACUUUGUGCAUGACACAAGUAAUUUUUCCAACAAUUGUUUACAGACAGAUUAUUUCACUUAUAAUUCACUGUAUCACAACUCCAGUGGGUCAGAAGUUUACAUACACUAAGUUGACUGUGCCUUUAAACAGCUUGGAAAAUUCCAGAAAAUUAUGUCAUGGCUUUAGAAUCUUCUGAUAGGCUAAUUGACAUCAUUUUAGUCAAUUGGAGGUUUACCUGUGGAUGUAUUUCAAGGCCUACCUUCAAACUCAGUGCUUCUUUGCUUGACAUCAUGGGAAAAUCAAAAGAAAUCAGCCAAGACCUCAGAAAAAAAAUGUGUAGACCUCCACAAGUCUGGUUCAUCCUUGGGAGCAAUUUCCAAACGCCUGAAGGUACCACGUUCAUCUGUACAAACAAUAGUACGCAAGUAUAAAUACCAUGGGACCACGCAGCCGUCAUACCGCUCUGGAAGGAGACGUGUUCUGUCUCCUAGAGAUGAACGUACUUUGGUGCGAAAAGUGCAAAUCAAUCCCAGAACAACAGUAAAGGACCUUGUGAAGAUGCUGGAGGAAACAGGUACAAAAGUAUCCAUAUCCACAGUAAAACGAGUCCUAUAUCGACAUAACCUGAAAGGCCGCUCAGCAAGGAAGAAGCCACUGUUCCAAAACCACCAUAAAAAAGCCAGACUACGGUUUGCAACUGCACAUGGGGACAAAGAUCUUACUUUUUGGAGAAAUGUCCUCUGGUCUGAUGAAACAAAAAUAGAACUGUUUGGCCAUAAUGACCAUCGUUAUGUUUGGAGGAAAAACGGGGUGGCUUGCAAGCCGAAGAACACCAUCCCAACCGUGAAGCACAGGGGUGGCAGCAUCAUGCUGUGGGGGUGCUUUGCUGCGGGAGGGACUGGUGCACUUCAUAAAAUAGAUGGCAUCAUGAGGAAGGAAAAUUAUGUGGAUAUAUUGAAGCAACAUCUCAAGAUAUCAGUCAGGAAGUUAAAGCUUGGUCGCAAAGUGGUCUUCCAAAUGGACAAUGACCCCAAGCAUACUCCCAAAGUUUUGUGGCAAAAUAGCUUAAGGACAACAAAGUCAAGGUAUUGGAGUGGCCAUCACAAAGCCCUGACCUCAAUCCUAUAGAAAACGUGUGGGCAGAACUGAAAAAGCAUGUGUGAGCAAGGAGGCCUACAAACCUGACUCAGUUACACCAGCUCUGUCAGGAGGAAUGGGCCAAAAUUCACCCAACUUAUUGUGGGAAGCUUGUGGAAGGCUACCCAAAAUGUUUGACCGAAGUUAAACAAUUUAAAGGCAAUGCUACCAAAUACUAAUUGAGUGUAUGUAAACUUCUGACCCACUGGGAAUGUGAUGAAAGAAAUAAAAGCUGAAAUAAAUCAUUCUCUCUACUAUUAUUCUGACAUUUCACAUUCUAAAAAAAAAGUGGUGAUCCUAACUGACCUAAAACAGGGAAUUUUUACUAGGAUUAAAUGUCAGGAAUAGUGAAAAAAUGAGUUUCAUUGUAUUUGGCUAAGGUGUAUGUAAACUUCCGACUUCAACUGUACAUAUUCCAUUUUUAAAUCAGAUCAUUUCACCAUGAUUAUACUUGGACUUGGAACUCGACUUAAGCCCCGUUUAUACCUGCCGCUAACAUGAGUCCUUUGUCCUGAUCUUGUCCACAUUCUGAAAUUAGCCCACAUUUUCAGAAAUACAGUGGGGAGAACAAGUAUUUGAUACACUGCUGAUUUUGCAGGUUUUCCUACUUACAAAGCAUGUAGAGGUCUGUAAUUUUUAUCAUAGGUACACUUCAACUGUGAGAGACGGAAUCUAAAACAAAAAUCCAGAAAAUCACAUUGUAUGAUUUUAAAGUAAUUAAUUUGCAUUUUAUUGCAUGACAUAAGUAUUUGAUCACCUACCAACCAGUAAGAAUUCCGGCUCUCACAGACCUGUUAGUUUUUCUUUAAGAAGUCCUCCUGUUCUCCACUCGUAACCUGUAUUAACUGCACCUGUUUGAACUCGUUACCUGUAUAAAAGACACCUGCCACACACUCAAUCAAACAGACUCCAACCUCUCCACAAUGGCCAAGACCAGAGAGCUGUGUAAGGACAUCAGGGAUAAAAUUGUAGACCUGCACAAGGCUGGGAUGGGCUACAGGACAAUAGGCAAGCAGCUUGGUGAAAAGGCAACAACUGUUGGCGCAAUUAUUAGAAAAUGGAAUAAGUUCAAGAUGACGGUCAAUCACCCUCGGUCUGGGGCUCCAUGCAAGAUGUCACCUCGUGGGGCAUCAAUGAUCAUGAGGAAGGUGAGGGAUCAGCCCAGAACUACACGGCAGGACCUGGUCAAUGACCUGAAGAGAGCUGGGAUCACAGUCUCAAAGAAAACCAUUAGUAACACUCUACGCCGUCAUGGAUUUAAAUCCUGCAGCGCACGCAAGGUCCCCCUGCUCAAGCCAGUGCAUGUCCAGGCCCGUCUGAAGUUUGCCAAUGACCAUCUGGAUGAUCCAGAGGAGGAAUGGGAGAAGGUCAUGUGGUCUGAUGAGACAAAAAUAGAGCUUUUUGGUCUAAACUCCACUCGCCGUGUCUGGAGGAAGAAGAAGGAUGAGUACAACCCCAAGAACACCAUCCCAACCGUGAAGCAUGGAGGUGGAAACAUCAUUCUUUGUGGGUGCUUUUCUGCAAAGGGGGCAGGGCGACUGCACCGUAUUGAGGGGAGGAUGGAUGGGGCCUUGUAUCGUGAGAUCUUGGCCAACAACCUCCUUCCCUCAGUAAGAGCAUUGAAGAUGGGUCGUGGCUGGGUCUUCCAGCAUGACAAUGACCCGAAACACACAGCCAGGGCAACUAAGGAGUGGCUCCGUAAGAAGCAUCUCAAGGUCCUGGAGUGGCCUAGCCAGUCUCCAGACCUGAACCCAAUAGAACAUCUUUGGAGGGAGCUGAAAGUCCGUAUUGCCCAGCGACAGCCCCGAAACCUGAAGGAUCUGGAGAAGGUCUGUAUGGAGGAGUGGGCCAAAAUCCCUGCUGCAGUGUGUGCAAACCUGGUCAAGACCUACAGGAAACGUAUGAUCUCUGUAAUUGCAAACAAAGGUUUCUGUACCAAAUAUUAAGUUCUGCUUUUCUGAUGUAUCAAAUACUUAUGUCAUGCAAUAAAAUGCAAAUUAAUUACUUAAAAAUCAUACAAUGUGAUUUUCUGGAUUUAUUUUUUUAAUUCCGUCUCUCACAGUUGAAGUGUACCUAUGAUAAAAACGACAGACCUCUACAUGCUUUGUAAGUAGGAAAACCUGCAAAAGCGGCAGUGUAUCAAAUACUUGUUCUCCCCACUGUAUGUCUACACAAUGUAUCAAAAUGUGUCUCAUAUCCGUCCACUGUGUCCACAUUGUGACCAGAUGUCCUGGUCCCUCCCUGUAUGCAAAUUAUUUGACAGCUAGGCCUAUUCUUUCUAAAUAUAAUAUGUAUUUAUUUAUUUUAAGACAUAUUGAUGCCAUAAGUCAAUGGUGCUACCUGUCAAUGAUUUUAGAAGGCAGGAUAAUUAUGAUUUAAAUGGUUUCACUGUCCAUAUCUGUCUACACUUGUAAGAUAUCCAGACACAAUGCACGCCUGACUACCUCCAGGGGUGUUCAUGAAUAUCUGAUCACAAUCAGAUCAGAAUGCAUCUUUUAAUCGUCUACACAUGUCUGAAAAUGUGGGCACAAUCAGAAUGAGGACAAGAUCAAGACAAAGGAUGCACGUUAGAACCAGGUAUAAACAGGGCUUGAGACACUUAUAGUACAGGUUCACUCAGUCAUGAAUCAAUGACAUUGUUGAGCUUCACAGUUUGUGUUCUAUAUUGCAGUUUUUCAUAGCUUUUUUAAAUUCCUCAUGCAUUCACCACUAUAUUCAGUUGAUUAAUUCAUGAAAACAAAAAAAACACAUCCCCGCUAGCUACAGAGGACCAGACUAUUCCUCACUCAGUCCACCUUUUGAAAGUAUGAUUUUGUUUUACUUUGAAAAGUGACAUUAGUCACAAAUAUCUUGUUUGAAAACCUCACCAACAAGAUUUAAACCUUUGUACAGUGGAGUUUGCUACCAAGGUGAAAGGUGAAAGCAAAGCAUAGGUUGCUGUUCUAGGAAGGAAGGAAGUGCAACUCAAUAAGACUGUAGUCUAUGGCGUAGGCGUGAAAGAGCAGAGCGGCAGUUAGAGCUGCAUCGGUGAUUCACACAGGCUGAAUAGCUUUCAGUGGCUAUUUCCGCCUCAGCCGACGGACCGAGCCACAGCUGCUUCUAACAGUGUUAAAAACAGAACUUUAGCUAGCUAUGGCACUGACUGCGCCUAUUGUUUGAGGGAGAAGACGGCCUCCAAAUUGAUGUUCUUUGUACAUCACACUUAUCCAUAUAAAACAUAAAGCAGGAAAAUAACAGUGUUGAAAGGCCAUCUUGGAAGUGCCACAUCAGUCUCCCCAGAGAGGCAAUAUAGCUAGAACUAUUGCUUGUGAAUUUCCUGUGCUUUUAAAAGAAGCAUAUCUUCCUCAUGGGGGGGGGGGGUUAAAUGACAAGGUUCAGUGUCUCUCUGCUUUUCUUUUGAUAGCUCAGACAUUCAGCAGAUAUAUGUGAAUCCGUUGUGUCAAAUAAAUGAAUAUAAUUUAAAUCAGGAAGCGAGCCUUGGGUUCCGCUGCCAUGACAACCCUACUGUUACAGUGGGGCUGCUGUCAUGGUGACCUCAGUACCACACUUACCUCUCUAUAUAUUUUUGUACAGACCUCAUUAGAGGCUGACAGGAGAGAGAUCUAUUGCCAUUAACUAGGUAGAGAAAAUUGAGAUAUAGCUUUGUAUGUUCCACACUUAGAAAUAAGGGUAUGGUUAGGGUACAGUAUACAUCUAAAUAAAACAAUAAAAAUUUAACAUCUAAAUAAACAUAAUGUACCUUCAGAGGUACACAUAUAAUCUUACAUGGUAGGCCUACUGUUCGGUACCUUUUAGGGUACAUCUACUAUAAUGGUACAUUUUUGUACCCAAUAUUUUGAAUAUAAAGGUACAAUCAUCACACACUCUCAAAAACCAAGCCCAUCAUUAUCAUAUUUCCCAGCAUGCUCUAUUGCAGGUACAUUUUUGUUUGUUUGUUUCAAUAUGUGUUUUUGUAUGCACAUUGAUUGAUUGAUUGAUUGAUUGAUCUUAUGCUACACAAAGAUAAAUAACAUACAUGGGCGGCAGGUAGCUUAGUGGUUAAGAGCGUUGUGCCAGUAACCGAAAGGUCGCUGAUUCUAAUCCCCGAGCCGACUAGGUGAAAAAUCUGUCGAUGUACUUAACCCUAAUUGCUCCUGUAAGUCGCUCUGGAUAAGAGCGUCUGCUAAAUGACUCAAAUGUAAUGUAAAUACAUUUUUCUAAACUAAUCCAAUCUGUUAGUAUUUGGACUUAUUGCACCCGUUACUGAGAUGGUUGUUCCCAUUUAGAUGGUUUAGGUCAGGGGUGUCAAACUAAUUUUAGCUCAGGGGCCACAUGGAGGAAAAUCUAUUCCCAAGUGGGCCGGACCGGAAAAAUCAUGGUAUAUAUAACUUAAAAACAACAACUUCAGAUUGUUUUCUUUGUUUUAAUACGAUCAACAUACAACAUAAAGCUGGAGCCUGAGGACAGUGUGUCCAAAAUAGUACAAGCACAACAUCACUAUUAAUCAUAAAACACGUCAAGUUUAUUUGAAAAUUCUAAAGAAAAAGAACACACAAACACACAAUGCCUCAGUGAUUAACAGAACUGUUUCACAGAUCACAGAACUAUAUCAGGGUGUCAUUUCUCAGGCAGAAAUGUAGAUACAAAUAAUGAAAUCCUGUUCCCCAAACAAGUGCAAGAACCACAGAGUCAAGAAUAGGUUAAAUAUACAAAUAAAAUAAAAUCAAUUAAAAACAAUAGCACGUCAACAUAAAAACAUAUAAACAUAAAGCUGGAGCCUGAGGACAGUGUCCAAAAGCACAACAUCACUAUUAAUCAUAAAACACCUCAAGUUAUUUGAAAGUUCUGAGGACAAAGAACACACAAACACACAAUGCCUCAGUGAUUCACAGAAGUAUAUCACAGAUCACAGAACUAUAUCAGGGUGUCAUUUCUCAGGCAGAAAUGUAGAUAAAAAUAAUGAAAUCCUGUUCCCCAAACAAGUGCAAGAACCACAGAGUCAAGAAUAGGUUAAAUAUACAAAUAAAAUAAAAACAAUUAAAAACAAUAGCACAUCAACAUAAAAACAUAUAAACAUAAAGCUGGAGCCUGAGGACAGUGUCCAAAAGCACAACAUCACUAUUAAUCAUAAAACACCUCAAGUUAUUUGAAAGUUCUGAGGACAAAGAACACACAAACACACAAAACCUCAGUGAUUCACAGAAGUAUAUCACAGAUCACAGAACUAUAUCAGGGUGUCAUUUCUCAGGCAGAAAUGUAGAUAAAAAUAAUGAAAUCCUGUUCCCCAAACAAGUGCAAGAACCACAGAGUCAAGAAUAGGUUAAAUAUACAAAUAAAAUAAAAUCAAUUAAAAACAAUAGCACAUCAACAUAAAAACAUAUAAACAUAAAUCUGAAAGCGUUGCUCAAACUCCCGUAACAGUCCCGUUAUUUUAUCUUUGAACCGCUUCAUGUCUGCCACAUGUUGGGUCGCGCACACAUUUUUCAGACAGGGGAAGUGAGCUGCAUCACCACCGGCAAGUUGCGUCUCCCACAAUGACAGCUUCAACUUGAAAGAACGUAUGCUGUCAUAAUACUGCGUGACAACUUUGUUGCGCCCUUGCAGCUGUUUGUUCAAGUUAUUCAGGUGCUCUGUAACAUCCACCAUAAAUGCAAGGUCCUGCAUCCAUUCUGCGGAAUGAAAUUCUAACACUGGUUUGCCCUUUUCUUCCAUGAACUGUUCAAUUUCUUCUCGUAAAUCUAAGAAACGCCUCAGCACAGCACCUCGGCUUAACCAUCUUACCUCAGUGUGGUAUGGCAGGCCAUAGAUGUGGUCUUUCUCUCUGAGAAGGCUGUCAAACUGACGGUGAUUCAGGCUUCUGGAUCGGAUGAAAUUAACAGUUUGGAUGACCACCUUCAUGACGUUAUCCAUCUUUAAUGACUUGCAACACAAAGCCUCCUGGUGCAAAAUACAGUGAAAAGUCAAAAAAUCACGUCCUCCAUUUGCAGAUUGCACUUUCUCUCUGAACUUUGUCACAACGCCUGCUUUUUUCCCGAUCAUUGAGGGCGCACCAUCUGUAGCCAGGCUGACAGCGCGGGACCAGUCCAUUCCGACCCUGUCCAGCGCGCCGACGAGUGCGGUAAAAAUAUCAGCUGCUGUCAUCGUAUCUGUCAUCGGCACCAACUCCACGAACUCCUCGGUGACGGUCAAUGUGUCAUCAACUCCGCGGAUGAAAAUGGCCAGUUGUGCAACAUCUGUAAUGUCCGUGCUUUCAUCAAUUGCAACCGAAAACGCAAUAAAUGACUUUACUUUUUGCUUCAACUGGCUGUCCAAAUCCACUGAAAGAUCGGAAAUCCUGUCUGCAACUGUGUUUCUUGUCAGGCUGAUAUUUGCAAAAGCCUGCCGCUUUUCAGGGCACACAAUCUCCGCUGCCUUCAUCAUGCAUGUUUUUACAAAUUCACCCUCACUAAAUGGUUUUGAAGCCACUGCGAUUUCAUUAGCAAUGAGGUAGCUAGCUUUCACUGCAGCGUCACUGAUGUCUCGGCUGUGAGUAAACACAGACUGCUGUUUCUUCAGACCCGCCAACAGUUCAUUCACCUUCUCUCAUCUCCGCUGUCCUUGAAAGUUGUCAUAUUUGUCGGCAUGAAGACUCACAUAGUGGCGACGAAGGUUAUAUUCUUUCAGCACUGCAACAUGCUCUGAACACACCAAACAUACAGCUUUCCCAUUCAAUUCAGUGAAUAAAUAGGAUGACCAUUUUUCUUCGAACACUCUGCCCUCUGCGUCCACUUUUCUCUUUUUUGACAGAGACAUAUUGGGGCAAUGAGGGUGCCAAAGCACAUAAUGUUAAAAGUAGAAGCCGUAAUGAAUAUCGCGGGCAAAACAAAGUAGCUCAUUGGCUGCACGUGCUUGACCUACUUGCUCUGCCCCGGUAUAAACAGUUUGCUUGCUUAACACAAUUGCUAUUGCGCCAACCAGUGGACGCAAUUGGAACAGCAGUUUAUUUUAUUGAAAAAUUGCAGCGCAUUUUUAUACUUUACAAAAUUAUUAUUAUUAUUAUUAUUAUUAUUAUUAUUAUUAUUAUAAUUUUUUUUUUUUUUAUCAUCUCACGGGCCGGAUUAAACCCGUUUGCGGGCCUGAUCCGGCCCGCGGGCCGGACGUUUGACACCCCUGGUUUAGGUAGUCUCAUUUAUAAUUUUUCCCUACCUUGGCAGUCAUUAUAAUUGCGGGUGAUUAAAAGUUAACAUUUAUGGAUAUCCUAACUCUGGCUGGAUUCAAAUAGGAAUUACAUAUCACUUUGCAAGCCAGCAUAAUGUGACUUGCUCGAUGUGGCCUGCAAACCAGGAGUUUCAGACCACUGUGUUGCGGUAAAACUAGGCUGUCAAAGUAUGGCCUUAUGAUAUAUGUAAUGUAUUGUCAUAAAUAGUUGGAUUUCAAUGAUCAAAUGUUAACUUAGGCACUCUACAGGACUGAAGCCAUUGAAUGCAACAACCAUGUCUCUGUCACUAGCAAACACAGUCAUGGGUGGUACUGGUAACUCUAAAAAUCGUUUGAAAGGCACCCUAGGAAAUAUGCAAAUAAGGCUUUACACCCUACAGCGUUAAAGCAACACAUUUUCUACCUGUACUAUCUUGUCCCCUAAGGAACCUUAUUGGCUAUUUUAAGGUACAAACUGCCAGGGUACAAUUAUGUACCUAUAACUAAAGGUCAAGGGACGUACCUUACAGGGUACCACUAAAGUGACAAGUGUUUGUGCCCCUUUAGGAACAAAUCGAAACCUUUAUUUCUGAGCGUGCAGGAGCUGUUUGAAUUUCAACUAGACAAACAUGUUAGGGUUUUUUCACAUAUAGUCCUCUUUAAAAGAACCGAUCUCAGUCCUCUUUAAAGUGAACUCUGGGGUAAAAAAAAGAACUCAGAUCCCUUUUUUAUUCACACUGCCCUUGCCUUUGAAUGAGGACUCAACUCUUUUGCUAGUUCACUUCCCCUAUUUUGUGGUCCGAGUUAUCUUUGCAUUCACAUUGCUAUGAAAGGAGCCAAUAUCUUUUUCCAACAUUCACUCAAUGCACUCUGGGUUUUUACAAAGUGCAGCAAAAGCCAUUCCAUCACAAUGUGUUAUCAGACAGCUAGAUAUACCUACUUACAUUUUGGAAGCUAAUAGAUUUCAUUUAGUUAAAAGACGAGAUAUAAUAAUUAUAAUCAGAAGAUAAUAUUAACAUGUAAAUAUGCUUGGUAACAGAAUAAAUAAAGAAUAAUUGCAGAUAAAAAAUUGCUGUAAUUGAACAUUUUACACCCAAUGUAGGCUACUGCCCCUUUAAUAGCUAUCAUUGAUUUUGUACCCUUUGUUGUGGUUAUGACCAAAUAUUGUUGUAUUCUCAUGCUAUUCAAACCCCACAAUCGGAUUAACAGUUUAUGAAGCUCUCUUAGUCUAUAGAUCACAUAUUGCAAACAAAUAAUCAGAAACAUAUUGUCAGUACAAAAUGCCACACAUACGAUUUUUCAGCGAAUCUGCAUCAUCAUCUUCUCACUUUUGCAGAACCAAUGUGAGGCGUUAUGGCAGGGGAAACGGUGUUGCAUAAUGGCAAGCAAACCUGGAGAGCUUUGUGUUCAUAUUGCCUUAAAAAAGGGAGCCGGUCCUUGGAAUUAAAGCGAACCGAACUCAGACCACUUCUCGAGAUGGUGUCAGUUCGGUUCGCUUCGGGGGCUCUUUUGAGGGGUCUGAGUUCCUUUUGGAGUGUUCACACUGCACAAAAAAUUUGGGGAACCACAUUGAGUUCACAGAAAUUGUCUGAAAGAGACCAAGUGUGAAAACACCCUAAAAUUAGUGAUAUUGCUACUAAGAUGUAUUAUUCACAAUAGGAAUAGAUAACAGAUUAGACUCAUAGUACAAUUGUGAGAUGCUUUACUUAAAAAAAAAAAGACAAUCAGUUCAAAGUUAUAAUAUGUGUUUCGGUCAAAAUAAAAGGGCGCAAACUACAAUCACUAAAUAGGAAUUAGAGCUAAGCCUUCUCAACGUCUUCACUUCCAUAAUAGGAAUACAGAUCAACAAUCCUCUGACAACCUUCCCUCUUCCAACCAUUAUUCCAUUAGUCCUCCUGAGAGUGUGACUAACUGACAGACAGAGAGUCUGUAUCUAUUACAGAGGUAAGUUAGCGACACUACAUGAGACCUGCACUGCAGUACAUCAGCCUUGAUAGAGCUAUGUUAAUUUCCAUGUCACUUGAAGCCUGCUUUCUUUUUGUCUUAGACAAUAUUUGCUAGGGAUUAUCAUUGUUCAUUCUCAUUUUUUAAAAUUGUUUUAAUCUACUAGGUCUCCUUCUCCUCUAGCUGUUUCUGUUGCAUCCUUAUUCUCAGGUGCUCCCUUUGCAAAACGUAGAAUUAUCUCUCAGAGUUAUUACAAUAAUAAUAUUGCAACAAUCUAUUGUCGUUGUUACUAACAAGUUGUCAUUUGAUUAGUCUAAUCGUAACAGUUGAAUCAAACGACAGUGUCCCUGUGUGUGUGUGUGUGUGUGUGUGUGUGUGUGUGUGUGUGUGUGUGUGUGUGUUUGUGUGAUGUGAGCUUGGCUAGAUGGUGAAAUAGUGGAAUUGGCUACAUGCUGUAACCUAGCUCAUCAGAGUAGAUCAAUAGCGGGUUAUGCACAGCAGUGGUUCCCUCACCACACUACACAGGUCAGUCAAUAUGUUGCUCUUUUCUUUGACAUUGGAUUGAUUGGCAGGCUGUUAUUCCUAAAACUGUUUAGUAACUAACCACAGAAAUAGUGUUUAAACGUAGUGCAAGUCUUACAUUGUGCUUGUUGACCUAAAGCACAGCAUAGUUUGACUUUGGAUAGAUUAGUGAAAACUGACCGUUAGAAAUCCAAUGUUCUACUACAGAACAUGGUGAAACAGACCGAUCUCCUUUUGCUAUGUUUCUAAAUACCAAAGGUCUGUUCAGCUGGGUGCAAUGUUACAGAAUGUGCAGCUCUAUCCAAUACGUGUCUAUGUGCAAUAUUCUGAACGUUUCACGUUUUCUAGUAUCCUUGGUCUUUAAUUGAAUUAAGCACAGGUACUUUUCUAACUUCAUUAAAAUAUAGUAAAGCCUCUGUUAAUUAAUGUGGGCUCCUUGGCAACAGACUGUUUGGUUAAACACCUACCCUACAUUUACCAAAGGAGGACAAUUGCCAAGUCUUUUUGUAGGCCAUAGGCUUCUGCCACUUGGUAAAGACUGUAUAUAACAUAUAAUAAGCCGUAUAAUAAGACAUCAUAAGGGCUCAUAACAUGCUUAUAACAUUCUGCAUCAUUAUGGGGCUCCAUAAUCAGCAGCAAAUAACCAAUUCAAUUUGAAGAGGCAUAUUACUUUGCUGUGACUUGCAUUACUACUGAAUGGAGGCUGUGAUGAACAGCUUGGAAAAAACCCUGAAUAACCAUUGGAGCUUCUCAGUAAUGUGUUAGUAUAUUUAUUACAUCAAUGGGCAGUUGGGUAUCAGACAGUACUGUAUCAUCAAUUGUGAAAAUCUGAACCAUGGGCUCUCUAAAUUGAAUUUAGAGAUAACAUCAUUGUUCCUCUAAAUGUUAUUAGGUUAAUCUAAUCUAAAUCAAAUCAAGGUUUAUUGGUCGCGUACACAGAUUUGCAGGUGUUGUAGCAGGUGCAGCGAAAUGCUUAUGUUACUAGCUCCAACAAUGGAGUCAAAUGUCUAGCAAAUACAAUACAAAUACACAAAUAAAGUAAACAAUCUAAAACAAUAAAUCAAGAAAUGUCAGAACAAGUCAAGUUAACAAUCCACGUAGAGAUAUUAGAGUGAGCAGUGUCAGAAUCCAGAAUAUAAAUAUAAAUACAUGGUGUGUAUAGACAGUAUAUAACUUGGAAAAUAAAAUGGUAUGUACAGUAUUAUGUAUAUUAGGUUGAACUAUAUGGAGAAUACAGUACAAUCUGUCCUAGUCUGCUGUGUGAGAUGUCUCCAGAAGGGCCUCUAUUGAGACUGGUGUCUUCUUGGGUUGCAUACAAACAAAGCAGAAAAAGGCCUCUUUAAUUUGACAAUUUAAUAUAAUGUUUUAAAUUGUCUGAAAGGAAAUGACUGUACAUUUCUCUCCACUUAGUCAACAAGCAAUAGAACAACGAAUCUGUUUUGAACAGAACUAAAGUCAACCAAACAAGAAAACCUAUAAAAUGUUAACCAAUGCCAGCUAGUCCUUUUGUUCUCUCCCACACAGUUACCCGAGUGUGGCUUCUAUGGGAUGUAUGACAAAAUCCUGCUGUUCCGCCACGACCCAGGCUCAGAGAACAUCCUCCAGCUGGUGAAAUGUGCUACAGACAUCACAGAGGGAGACCUGGUUGAGGUGGUCCUGUCAGGUAAGUAAGUCGCUCUGGAUAAGAGCGUCUGCUAAAUGACUUAAAUGUAAAUGUAAGACCAGUGCUCACUACACAAUACGCACUGCAUGAUACACACACUACACACUACCUGGUUGAGGUGGUCCUGUCAGGUAAGGCUAUAGUACACACUAGAACAGGGCUGUGUUCGUUAGGCCCAAAACGGAAGAGAAAAAAAUGGAAAUAGGGAGGAACUACCCAAACUUGACCAAUAAGAAACAUUUGUUUUGGUUUUCUGAUGCGAUUGCCCUAAUCAAAAUGAUCCAUCCUUAGAAGGUCACACAUGGCACAACCUUAUCUUCAUCAUCUUCAUCACUGCUCAAUACCGACAUUGUUCCUCUGGAUUUGAGUAUGCAGCAUGCUCCUGUUUGAGGGUGACUUCUGUUCACCUGUGUUCUGUUUGCCUAUAGGCUACAAUCAUAUGACCUUUGUCCACAGUGUAUUAAUGCAAUUGAACAUAGGCCAAUUGCAUUCACUGGUUCUAUUCAGCUGUAUUUUCUGUUAGUUAUGUAGCUGCUGGAAUAGACCAUUUGAUAUAGGGAAGAGAGGUGAACUCUCUUAUGAACCCUUGAGGUUGAAUAAUAGCAGAAAAUGGAAGGUUCCUUUUGUUGUGUUCAAAAUGCAGAACAUGUUCUAGCUUCAUACAGAUUGUGAACAGAGUACAAAAAGUCUCCAUAAUAGCAGCUUGAAAAGGAGGAGAGAGAUAUAAUGUUACCCAGGGUAAUGGACUAAUCAGAAGACACAAUGAUAAUAGUGAGGACAUGAUGUUACUAUGAAAUUGAUUCACAUGGCAAAAGCGUGUAUGUAUUCUAUGUGCUUGGCUAAUAGCUAGAUGGUUCAGUCAGUCAACACAACAGACAAUAACAUAUAUAACUGGCUGCAUGACAAAUACAAAACUAGAGGGCAUGUUGCUGUCUAGCUGAUGUGGCCUGCUACCUAAGAUCAUCUAUUCACAUACUAUCCUGUUUAAAACCACCAGAAGCUUAGCUGCCAAUCAGAAAAACCAACUCACAAGUCAAGGUCUGGACAUUUGGAACUAUGCAAAUUCACCAAAUACUGUAAGCUCUAUCUCAGAUGCCCCUCUCUCGUGAAGUAAUAAAGCAUUUAUGAAAAUAACAAAACAGUAAGUUGUCACACAAAUCAUUGCUCAUCUCUAUGUGUCCAUCUCUCCCCACUGGGCAACGACGUCAAUUCAACGUCUAUUCCACGUUGGUUCAAUGUAAUUUCAUUGAAAUGACGUGGAAACAACGUUGAUUCAACCAGUGUGUGACCAGUGGGUCGGCUUUGUUUGGCAGUGUUCUGCCCCCCUCCACUCACUCCCGUUGUUGUGGAAAGUUUGGCUGCCUCACCCGGUGAGAAAUCAGGGGUGGGCUUAUCUUAGCUUAAGAGCAGGAAGUGAUCCAAGUAUCAAUCUUGACACUGAUAAAGUGUUUUUACAAACACUUGGCAGGCUUUCUCUUCCCCCUCUCAGCGUGCUACAGUAUGGCAGGUAAUUUAGUUGUGUCUGUGGUACAGAGACAUGGGGUAGAAUAACACCUCCGCUACCCCCUGGCUACACCCCUCGCUGGGAAGGAGAGGGCUCAGGUGAUUUAGUUGUGUCUGUGGUACAGCGACAGGGGAGACAUGGGGUAGAAUGACACCUCCGCUACCCCCCUCGCUGGGAAGGAGAGGGCUCAGGUGAUUUAAUUGUGUCUGUGGUACAGCAACAGGGGAGACAUGGGGUAGAAUGACACCUCCGCUACCCCCCUCGCUGGGAAGGAGAGGGCUCAGGUGAUUUAAUUGUGUCUGUGGUACAGCAACAGGGGAGACAUGGGGUAGAAUGACACCUCCGCUACCCCCCUCGCUGGGAAGGAGAGGGCUCAGGUGAUUUAAUUGUGUCUGUGGUACAGCAACAGGGGAGACAUGGGGCUAUUGUGUUAUGUUAGGGUCACAUGUUAUAAAGGUUCACAUGGGUAUGUCUUACUGCACAGGUAUUUAUUUUGUACUACUGUCUUUAUUCAGUUCAUCUCAGCUUAUGCUCACACUCACAUUUGAGAUAAAAUAUCAAAACAAGUUAAAACCUUCUUCUGUUCCUGAAUCUUGAUAAGUCUUAGAAGGUAUAUGAGGGGAGACAGUGUGAGUAUUAUCAUACUAAUAUCACCAACAAAAAAAUGUCAUUAAAAUGUAUUUAUAAAGCCCUUUUUACAUCAGCAGAUGUCACAAAGUGCUAUACAGAAACCCAGCCUGAAACCCCAAACAGCAAGCAAUAGAGCAGCUGCUAUAAACGGUUCCCCACUUGACAGAGCCACACUCCACUGAACUCAUCAAUAAAAUCAUGAAUUCCCUUCACAGAUGAUCACUUGGGUAAAAUCUCCUACCUACAAGGAGAAAUAAAAAUGCAUAUGGUUGGUAAAUUAACAUUACGGUGUGUUAAACUGCAUCCCAGAGAGUUGUUUUCACCAGCCAGUCUUCCUGUCAAAGAUCUCACAAUUUGUGUUUCCUCGUUUGAGCUUUUCGACUUCUAGAGCAACUUAAUUAGUGUGAAGGUGGAUAGGAUGCUAAAAACACUUUUGCUGUCAUCAGCAUGAGGGUGUGAGCAGCGUACGUUUGUCACGCUGGCGCAGGAUGCUACUGGAUGCAAGCAGGGGUGUGUACACCAUACUGUAAACAUAAAUAUGGAAGAGAGGAAGAAGUCAACUUGAACUCUUUCCAAUAAAUGCUUUCCGCCCUGUUUGAUCACUGAAAUGUAACACACUGUAACACUACAGUAUGCACAGUGCCUUUGGAAAGUAUUCAGACCCCUUGACUUUUUCCACAUUUUGUAACACUUUUUUGGUUACUACAUGAUUCCAUGGGUGUUAUUUCAUAGUUUUGAUGUCUUCACUAUUAUUCUACAAUGUAAAAAAUUAAGAAAAACCCUUGAAUGAGUAGGUGUGUCCAAACUUUUGACUGGUACUGUAAGUAUUUAUUUAGAUUAAGCCUACUUAGGCACCACAUUCACAUACACACACUCAUUUUCUGAAGCAUGUAAUGACAGUUUACAUGUUGUUAAACUUCCAAACAUACAUUGGCCUUUAAACAAAAAGCAAAACAAUAAUUGGAAUAAAUUGAAGCAGUUUACCCAGCAGAAUGGCCAAUCAGAAUGUAUUCUACUUGAGCGUGCUGAGAAAAGCAUGUUGGUGGGGAGAUGUGUGUGUUUGAUGAGGCAGUCUACUCUCAUGCUGAGCUCUCCACUCUAUCCCAUUGGCCCAAUGCAGCCUAACUGCACCAGCCAAUCAGAAAAUCACAACUCCAUAUGCAGCAAAAAGCCUUGUUUACCUCAACAUAUACAAAUACUGUACCAGGGAAUGGCCAUUCAUUUUUAAUUCUACAUCCAUACCACCACACUACUUCACUACUAUAUCACUAUUCACAGAAUACAACUCAGUUCUUGAUCUAGGAGUGUGAGGAAAAUGUUGGAAUUGAACCAUUGACUAUUGUUGUUGUUGUUGUUGUCCUGUUCUAGCCUCUGCCACAGUGGAGGACUUCCAGAUCCGUCCCCAUGGCUUGUUUGUCCACUCCUACCGGUCCCCUGCCUUCUGUGACCACUGUGGAGAGAUGCUGUGGGGCCUGGUGAGACAGGGCCUCAAGUGUGAAGGUAGGUACUGUACAGAAGGAGCCCUGGACUGCAUCUCAAAUGGCAGCCUAUUCCCUAUAUAGUGCACUACUUUUGACCAGAGCUCUGGUCAGAAGUAGUGCACUUUGUAGGGAAUAGGGUACAAUUUGGGACGCAGCCCUGGGCCUAUUUCAACUAAUGUAAUUAGGUUCCAGCCACUCCGACACAAUUAUGUAACUCUGUAAGAGAGGAUAUUAUCAGGGUACAUGGGAUACAGGCCACUCUGGUGUACUCUAGUCUGAAGAGGUCUCUUCAGGGUUUGUGAUGAGCAGCAAAGCCCCUGCUUGAAGAGUGUUGGGAAGAAGAGAACAGUUUGUCUUCUGUCAGGCUGAAGAGGCAGGUGGAAAGGUAGUGCAUAGAGGGGAUGGAGGUAUACACAAUAGCCUAAUAUGUAUAAAAGUGAAGUAUUACAUACUGUGGUGUCUGACUGGAAUGGUGGCGAGCUCAUGAAGGAACGUUUCCCAAAGACAAAAGUUUCAACAAUCCAUGAAUGACUUGGUCCAUUAGAUGAUUCCUAAUUAUACUGAACAAAAAUAUAAACGCAACAUGCAACAAUUUCUACGAUUUUACUGAGUUACAGUUCAUAUAAGGAAAUCAAUCAAUUGAAAUAAAGAAAUUAGGCUCAAAUCUAAGGAUUUCACAUGACUGGGAAUACAGAUAUGCAUCUGUUGGUCACAGAUACCUUUAAAAAAAGGUAGGGGCGUGGAUCAGAAAACCAGUCAGUUUCUGGUGUGACCACCAUUUUCCUCAUGCAGCGUGACACAUGUCCUUCACAUAGAGUUGAUCAGGCUGUUGAUUGUGGCCUGUGGAAUGCUUCACUCCUCUUCAAUGGCUGUGCAAAGUUGCUGGAUAUUGGUGGGAACUGGAACACGCUGUCGUACACGUCGAUCCAGAGCAAUGCUCAAUGCGUGACAUGUCUGGUGAGUAUGCAGGCCAUGGAAGAACUGGGACAUUUUCAGCUUACAGGAAUUGUGUACAGAUCCUUGCUACAUGGGGCUGUGCAUUAUCAUGCUAAAACAUGAAGUGAUGGUGGUGGAUGAGUGGCACGACAAUGGGCCUCAGGUAUCUCUGUGCAUUCAAAUUGCCAUCGAUAAAUUGUAAUUGUGUUUGUUGUCCGUAGUUUAUGUUCGUUGUCCGUAGCAUAACCCCACCGCCACCAUGGGGUACUCUAUUCACAACGUUGACAUCAGCAAACCGCUCGCUCACACGACGCCAUACACACUGUCUGCCAUCUGCUCGGUACAGUUGAAACCGGGAUUCAUCCGUGUAGAGCACACUUCUCCAGCGUAUCAGUGGCCAUUGAAGGGGAGCAUUUGCCCACUGAAGUCGGUUACGACGCCAAACUGCAUUCAGGUCAAGACCUGAGGACGACUAGAACGCAGAUGAGCUUCCCUGAGCUGUUUCUGACAGUUUGUGCAGAAUUUCUUUGGUUGUGCAAACCCACAGUUUCAUCAGCUGUCCGGGUGGCUGGUCUCAGAUGAUCCCGCAGGUGAAGAAGCCGGAUGUGGAGGUCCUGGGCUGGCGUGGUUACACGUGGUCUGCAGUUUUGAGGCCGGUUGAAUGUACUGCCAAAUUCUCUAAAACAAUGUUAAAGGCGGCUAAUGGUAGAGAAAUGAACAUUCAAUUCUCUCGCAACAGCUCUGGUGGACAUUCCUGCAGUCAGCAUGCCAAUUGCACACUCCCUCAAAACCUGACAUCUAUGGCAAUGUGUUUUGUGAGUGGCCUUUUAUUGUCCCCAACACAAGGUGUACCUGUGUAAUGAUCAUCCUGUUUAAUCAGCUUCUUGAUAUGCUACACCUGUCAGAUGGAUUACCUUGGCAACGGAGAAAUGCUCACUAACAGGGAUGUAAACAAAUUUGUGCACCAAAUGUGAGAGAAGUAAGCUUUCUAUGCAUAUGGAACAUUUCUGGGAUCUUUUAUUUCAGUUCAUGAAACAUGGGACCAACAGUUAACAUGUUCCAUUUAUAUUUUUGUUCAGUGUAGUUCCAUAAAGACAGUCUCUCACCAGUUUGAUGCAAGUAUAAAAAUGGCCACGUUACAUGUGAACUCACCUUUGCUCUGAAACCGUCUGUUUCUCUCCUCUGAAGGUUGUGGUCUGAACUAUCACAAGCGCUGUGCCUUUAAAAUCCCAAAUAACUGCAGUGGGAUCCGCAAGCGGAGGUUGUCCAAUGUCUCUCUGACCGGCUUGACCACCCUUACCACCACACGGUCCAAUGAGCCUUCGCCUUUCACCUCCGACGAGGCCUUACUGGUGAGUUUACCCCUGGUUACUGUGGGUCAUCAUGAAGAGCUACACACACACAUGCACAUUAUCACACAGGCAUGGACGCACGCACGGACCCAGGCACACACACACACACACACUACACACACACACACACACACACCACACACACACACACACACCAUAGAUUACUACAUGCCCUACGCAUUCCCAACCUCCCAAUGGCAAAUUGUUGGAUUAUGAUGAGAAGCAUGUUCCUACUAUAAAGGACCUGAUGUGAUUCUGAAAGCCUCUGUUGCUGGUUGUGUUCAUGAUGAAUUCUGUUGGAGCAGGUCUUUACUCCAGCAGCAGUCAGUCAUGUGUGUGAAUAUUGUUCUGGUUUAACUCUGAUCUCUCUCUUCACCUCCUCCCUGUGUGUGUCCCUGUCCUCUCCUCGCUGUAUGCUCAGUCUCCUGUCAGUCCUGGCAUGGAGGUAGGUACCCCAAUACCCUGCCCUCACUUAUUGCAGUAUCAAUACGCCUAUUAUCACCAGAAGCACGUCGCUCUUUCCCUGUGUCAAAAUAAGACAAAUACAAAUGUUGUUUAGGUAGCUGAUGACAUCUGUUACCUACCUUGUGCCUUGCUCUGAGUGGGGCAUCAGGGCAACACCCUGACUGAUCUACCCUGCUACUCUCCACAGCAGAAGACACAGACAGACUUCUUUUCUGGCAGAGAGAGAAGGUCCUCUUCCUACAUCGGCCGGCCCAUAGAGUUAGACAAAAUCCUCCUGUCCAAAGUCAAGGUGCCUCACACCCUCGUCGUCCACUCCUACACACGCCCCACCGUCUGCCAGCACUGCAAGAAGCUACUCAAGGGCCUGUUCCGUCAAGGCCUGCAAUGCAAAGGUACUGUAGGGGUUCCGAGAAACUUGAGAUAAUGAGAGAGGUUGACAGUGGUUGGUGGAGGAGGUGUGGAUGAUAGUGAGUCACACAGUACUUACUGUAAUACUGUGUGACUCACCCGUGGGCUUUUGCCAGCUCAAUAUUUUCAGGUGGUAUUUUUGGAUAUCUCAAGACUUUGUUGUCACAGAGUUGGCAGAGCUAACAGACGGCAGUUGUUUCUCCCUCAAGCUUUCUUUGUGACAUCUUGAAUAACUAUUAUGGUCUAAAUAAUAGAUAGCCCUGUAACUGUAUAAUUACAUGGUAAUCACAAAUGCAGCAACAGUGUUGUGACUACCAUAGAGAUCCUAUAAUUCACAGAUGUACUGUACUGUAAUUCUAUGGUUACUACAGUGUGCACAAGCCGUCAUGUUGCUUUCAUUUACGUUGCGUCUCUGGCAACCGAACCGAUAGAACGAACGACCAGCCGGCUUGGGUAGCAACCCUAGAUUUGUGUCGGGACAAUAUCUUGUGGAAGGAUGAAAUAGUGUGAAUAAAUUCAUCAAAAUACGGUUUUUAAUGAAAAUAUGUCAAUCAUUAUUUGAAUAUGUGGGUAACCUGUUGUAUAAAAGUGAUAAUGCCCUUGAAGCCGUUGUUUGGAGGAUAUAUUGGCACGGUUUGCUGGCCGUCGAUUUCGUCUCGGGCUUAACAACACCCGUGCCAAUAUAUCCUCCAAACACCAGCUUCUCGGGCAUUAUCACUUCAAUAGAGUUGUACUUUAUAUAGACAACAGAACAGAGUGUAAUAGUAUCAUAUGAGAGACGGUUCAUUAGGUACUCUAGCAGACAGAUAAGGUGCUGUUUGUAGUCACAGUGCUAUUGGACAGGUUACAUAUGGAUAUGUCAUCUCUCUCUCUCUCUCUCUCUCUCUCUCUCUCUCUCUCUCUCUCUCUCUCUCUCUCUCUCUCUCUCUCUCUCUCUCUUCUCUAUCUUUCUCCCUCCCAUCUUACACUCUCUCUCUCACACUCUCUCUGUUUCUCUCUCACGGUUACAGAUUGCAAAUUCAACUGUCAUAAACGAUGUGCGCCCAAAGUACCAAACAACUGCCUUGGAGAAGUGUCUAAAAAUGGAGGCAAGUUUCACUUUAGAUAGUCAUUUGCUGUAAAUGUGGCAGAUCUUUCCUAGUAAGUGGUCGCCAUCUCAUAUAGUUUCCAAGAAAUGUCACAGGAUAUGUUUCUUUCAAUUCUGCAACAUUUACUUCAGUUAUGAGAGACUGAAGAAAGAUAAUCAUAUAUAGGAUACCAGCUGAAUUCUUGGAAGUACCAGAAUAUUCCUUGAAAUAUCGACCGAAUUAUGACUGUAAAAUAACAUCACUGUUUUAUUUUAAAAUCUCUUCCACACUAGCGCUCUGAUAUUCUUUGUAUUUUUCAUUUUUUUCUUCUUCUUUUGGUUCCUUCUUUCUUCCUCUUUAAAAAACAGGGUUUCUCUGGCAUACUUAAUGUUCUACUAUUCUCUUUUCUACACCUUGUGUGUUUCCACCUGUUGCUCCUCCUCCUCCUCCAGAUCUGCUGAGCUCAGGGGCGGAGUCUGAUGUGGUGAUGGGGGAGGGUUGUGACGACCACGACAGUGACAGGAACAGUGGUCUGAUGGAUGACAUGGAGGAGGCCAUAGUGCCUGACUCGGGCCUGCUGGAGGCUGGCCAUGGGGAAAUGGGAGACCUCCAUGACCCAGAGGAUGACUGCAACAGGGCUAUAAGGUGAUUGACUGGGCCUGGGACUAGGACAGGGGGACCCCCCAAUGGCUGUGGAUAUGUACAGUAGUCAUAGGUCCUGUUAAAAUAUCCACUCUAGCAUACUGCUUAGAAUGAAGCAAUGUACCCCGGCUCAACCCUUACCCUUACCCUAGCCAUAACCCCAACCCUAGCUUCAUCUCCAUGUCCAGGUUCAACCACAACCCUAACCCUAGCUUCAUGUCCACAUUCUGGUUCAACCCUAACCUUAGCCUCAACCACAACCCUAACCCUAACCAUAGCUUCAUGUCCACAUCCUAGUUGUAACCUAACCCUAACUUCAUGUCUACACGUUGGAUCAACCCUGACCCAGUCCAUAACCCUAACUUCAUGUCUACACGUUGGAUCAACCCUGACCCAGUCCAUAACCCUAACUUCAUGUCUACACGUUGGAUCAACCCUGACCCAGUCCAUAACCCUAACUGAGUCCUGAAGUUGAGAAGAAACAUUCACAGAGUUUUCUGUUUGACUCCCUUCAUUCCAAAGCCCGUCUACUAGCAACAACAUCCCGCUGAUGCGAGUGGUCCAGUCAGUCAAAAACACCAAGAGGAAAAGUAGCAAUAUUAUGAAGGAAGGUUGGCUAGUGCACUUCACCAGCAAAGACACUCUAGUAAGUCUGAUUAUAUUAAUGUAUUUUUGUCACACCAACUAAUCAAUCUGCUGUAGAGUUGCAAAAUUCCAUGAUUGUAAUGUUUUGUAUGUUUUGUUGAAGUUAUUUUGUGAAUGCCUGUCUUUUAAAUGUUAAAUUGUGUUUUUAUUUAAUCAAAUCUGCUAUGGGCACUAACCUAUGGCAUAAUAGAUGCUAAUGAAUAGAUGGAAACCCCCAUUGCCAAGAGGUGGAACACACCAGGAACAUAUGUUAUGUUGUCUCAGUCUGUGCAAGGCUCUCUAUCUGUUUCCACUACAGAGGAAAAGACACUACUGGAGGCUGGACAGCAAAUGCAUCACGCUUUUCCAGAAUGACACAGGGAGCAAAUACUACAAGGUAAGAAAUCAAUUGAAAUGUUAUAUAGAUUAUUAUGGGUGAGGGUGAUUGAAAUCUAAGAACUGAGCUUUAUGCAAACUAAUUUACUGUAAUUUAGGGUUUGAAUAAGACAAGGUAACAUGCAGUUUUACGCUAUACUCUCGACUGAUAAGCAGGCUGCAACCACUUUUUCAUAUAAAGACUUAAGAUAUAAUGUAAUUUGUAGCAAGAAAUAGGCGGCCUGGACCAAGACAUUGAUCAGACAUUGAUCAGUUUGAAAUAUCAUGCUUUAUAUUGAAACGCAAGUGCUCUAAUCCCUGUAAAAUGACUGCUACUACAUCAAUCAAUCAAAUGUAUUUCAUAAAGCACUUUGUACAACAGCUGUUGUCACAAAGCGCUUUACAGUAACCUGGCCUAGACCUCAAACAGCAAAGAGCAAUACUACUUCUGCUAUGUGGCAGGAAAUUCCGUUGUCAGAGGUGUUGUCUCUGGACCCAGCCAAGACCUUCAACUUGCUGUCUGAGGGCUCCAACGCCCACUGCUUUGAGAUUGCUACGGGCAGCCUGGUCUACUAUGUAGGGGAGAACCUGGCGAGGCCGGAGGGCCCGGGGAGCAUGUCGGCCCACAGCAGUAUGCUGGUCAGCGGGGUCGGGCCGGAUGUGGCUAGGAUGUGGGAGAUGGCCAUCCAGCACGCCCUCAUGCCCGCCAUCUCUAAAGGACUGUCACAUGGGUCACGCCACAGUGGCCACAGUACGUAUAAGCAGAGUGAAUUGGAUAGAUUUUGGGAUAGAUUAACUCUUAUAUAAAUUAAUUUAAUUUAAUUGAAGCAACCUUGUUUUACUUAACACUACGGUUGCAAAAUUCUGGUAACUUUCCCAAAAUUCCCAGGUUUUCCAGAAAUCCUGCUUGGAAGAUUCCCGGACUCAGGAGGGGAAUAAGCAGGAAAUCCUGUCACGCUCAUUGAGGAACGGGUCAGACCAAGCUGCAGCGUGGUAUGCGAACAUGUUUAUUAAAACUGGAUAAACACUGACAAAACAACAAAAGGCAACGAAACGUGACGUCGGAAGGCUAUACACUAACAAGCCAAACACACCGAAACACAAACAAGAUCCCACAACCCAGGCAGGAAAACUGGCUGCCUAAGUAUGAUCCCCAAUCAGAGACAACGAGCGACAGCUGCUUCUGAUUGGGAAUCACACCCGGCCAAACGUAGAAAUAGAAACCUAGAUCUAAACAUAGAUCUACAACAACAUCGAACUAAACAUGCACACCCUGACCAAACUAACUAGAGUUCUAUAGGUCAGGGCGUGACAGUACCCCCCACCAAAGUGCGGACUCCGGCCGCACAAACCUGACUUAACAGGGGAGGGUCCGGGUGGGCUUCCAGCCUCGGUGACGGCUCCGGCUCCAGGCGUGACGUCUUCUCCCUUACUGACUCCACGUUGCACCCCUGGACCGGUCUGGACCUCAACGCGGAGCUUCCCCUCUCUGUCCUCCCACGAUGCACCAAUCCCUGUCUGGACCCUGGUGUGAGAGACCCCGAACCUAGAGAGGGGCUGACGUCUGGACCCGGAGUGGAGCCGCUGACCGGAGCUGAACCGGAUCCCGGUGGAGCGGACUGCUCUAGCUCCGGAGUGGAUCCGCUGACCGGAGCUGGACUAGGCAAUGGUGGAGCGGACUGCUCUGGCUCUGGAAUGGAUCAGCUGACCGGAGCUGGACUGGGCACCGGUGGAGCGGACUGCUCUGACUCCGGAGUGGAUCCGCUGACCGGAGCUGGAUUGGGCACCGGUGGAACAGGCCGGGCCGGACUGGGGACACGCACCACUGGUCUGGUGCGAGGAGCAGGAACAGGCCGUACCGGACUGGGAACACGCACCACUGGCUUGGUGCGAGGUGCAGGCACGGGCUGUACUGGCCUGGGAACACGCACCACUGGCUUGGUGCGGGGAGCAGGUACGGGGCGUACCGGGCUGGCGACACGCACCACUGGUUUGGUGCGAGGAGCAGGGAUGGGCCGUACUGGACUGGGAACACGCACCACUGGCUUGGUGCGGGGAGCAGGUACGGGGUGUACCGGGCUGGCGACACGCACCACUGGUUUGGUGCGAGGAGCAGGGACGGGCCGUACUGGACUGGGAACAUGCACCACUGGCUUGGUGCGGGGAGCAGGUACGGGGCGUACCGGGCUGGGAACCGGCGCUGGAGGUCUACGACUGUACCAGUCCUUUACUCUCCGCGCCCAAUCCUCCUCCAGUGAGGACUACUCCGGGAGCCCCCACGAGUUAGGGAACAGAAACUCAUCGUCGUCGUCAUCCUCCGACUCCUCAGUAUAAAACAGUUCCAUUCCCAUGGUCGUAGGGACUCAAACUGGAAACCCACCGGGUGCAGUGGUCGGGGUUCUUCUCUCUCGCUCCCCGACCACCCCUUUAGCCCCCCCCCCCCCAAAAAAAAAAUAUUGGGGCUGCCUCUCGGGCUUCCUCCUCGGCCGGCGCCGUCGGUGUCGCCGUUGCUCCUUCCUCUGUCUGUUCCCAAGGACGGCGAUCUAUCCCAGCCUGGAUCUCCUCCCAUGUCCUAGAUCCCUUACCAUCCAGGAUGUCCAGGAUGUCUGCUCCUGGCCACGCUGCUUGGUCCUCGUUUGGUGGGAUCUUCUGUCACGCUCGUUGAGGAACGGGUCAGACCAAGCUGCAGCGUGGUAUGCGAACAUGUUUAUUAAACUGGAUAAACACUGACAAAACAACAAAAGGCAACGAAACGUGACGUCGGAAGGCUAUACACUAACAAGCCAAACACACCGAAACACAAACAAGAUCCCACAACCCAGGCAGGAAAACUGGCUGCCUAAGUAUGAACCCCAAUCAGAGACAACGAGCGACAGCUGCUUCUGAUUGGGAAUCACACCCGGCCAAACGUAGAAAUAGAAAUCUGGAUCUAAACAUAGAUCUACAACAACAUCGAACUAAACAUGCACACCCUGACCAAACUAACUAGAGUUCUAUAGGUCAGGGCGUGACAAAUCCUAAAGCCUCCAACCAGGAUUUCUGGAAAGCCUGGGAAUUUUGGGAAAGUUACCAGAAUUUUCCAACCCUACUCAGCACUAGGAAAGAACACUCUCAAUGUUAUAGUAUGGAAUACUAUUAACUCUUAUGGAAUACUCUUAACAUUUCCCUUACACCAACAGAGGAUGUUUCCAUCAGUAUUUCAGUGUCCAACUGCCAGAUUCAAGAGAACGUGGUAAGUAGGAUUUGCUCUCACAUAAUUUGAAAGACUUUGGGUAUAUUUGUAUUUUUUUGUGAGUAUAAUAUUGCGUUAAUAAUAUUAUUAUUUUGCAGUAAUAAUAUAUGUAAUAUUAUAUAUAAUAUUGCGAUAAUAAUAUAUUGCGGUUCAUGUCUGCUCCUCUUGCAUGGUUAGGUUAUUUGCAGGCAUUUCUUUAGACAAUAGACAUAGACAAAAGACAGUAGACAACUUAACAUUCCACAUGACAGUGGCUGGUACUUAAUGCCCAACCUUCAACAUAAAUAAAAAAGCUGAAUGCAUGGUUUGAUUUCUGAGGUGAGAUCAUCCUCUAAGUAGCUCAAAUGGAUAUUAUUUUGAUUACCCACUCAGCCAAGCAGUUGCCAUAGCUACUCUUGAUAAUUAGUCACAGUACCACUGGUUAUAAUUAUAUUUCUGGGCAACUCUUCCAGUCGUGUAUGAGAUUAGUGGUUAUUAAGUUGUCAUGUGAGAAGAGAUAAAAAUGGUUGUAGACAAAACAAAAACAAAAUAUUUGUGACAGUAUACACUUGAAGCUUUCAUUUAAACCCAUUUACUGGAUUUUUACACCUACAGGAUAUCAGCUCAGUGUAUCAGAUAUUCCCGGAUGAAGUCCUUGGAUCGGGCCAAUUUGGGAUAGUUUAUGGAGGUGAUGCAUUUGUACCACCUUGUCACACUGAUAACCUGCAAAAAAGGUGUUAACUUGAUUGCAUGAGGGACACAGCCUUGAUAUCAAUUCUCUCCUGAUCUCAUGCCAGCAAAAUAUUUGCAUGACCAAGGAGGUGUUUAUUGUAUUGGGAAAUUACAAAUACAGUACAUUGUUAAAAAUGGCUAGUACAUUGUUAAAAGUGGUUAAUCAGAUCAAUUUGAAUCUUUUAAAAAAGUAUUUGAGAUAAUCAUUCAUUCUGAGAAGUAACACCUGUAUAAACCUGUAACCUGCCUUUGAUUUCUCCAUAAUAUAAUGUCUCCAUACUACAGGAAAGCACAGAAAAACUGGCCGGGAUGUAGCAAUUAAGAUCAUCGACAAGUUACGCUUCCCCACCAAGCAGGAGAGCCAGCUACGCAAUGAGGUCGCCAUCCUUCAGGUAAACACACACCAGCACGCAUGGCCCUGUGUGUGCUUAUGAAACGCAUCAUAUUAUAACCUUUUUCUCAGAUGUUGCCAGACACACAUUAUGAUGAACACAUGAGAAAAAAAUGACAGAGCUAAAGACAAAAAUAGAGAGUCUCUUGAUAUUGUGUCAGUAGGUAGGUAAAUAAUGAGGUUAUUAUCCUGACAACACAGUGAGUGUUUGAAGAGCCUGUCGAGCACUCUGCCUGCUUCCUUUAAAAGGCUCCUGUGUUUCUGUUUUUACUUCCUAGAACCUGCACCACCCUGGGGUAGUGAACCUGGAGUGCAUGUUUGAGACGCCGGAGCGCGUCUUCGUUGUCAUGGAGAAGCUCCACGGAGACAUGCUGGAGAUGAUCCUGUCCAGUGAGAAGGGGAGGCUGCCUGAACGCAUCACCAAGUUCUUCGUCUCACAGGUAACCCUGGCUGACAAGCGUUGUCGCUAGCAGACAAUGGACUGACGUGCCGUAGCAGUGCCACACACCUGCUUUUACAGAUGCUGUGACACUCACAUACUGUAUACUGUAUACAAACACAGUCAGUGAACUAAGUGGUUUACGGGCAUGCUUAUGUAUUUUUCUGAUAAUGUCAUAAUAUCUGUUUAAUCAUGUGUUGUUGCACUUUUAACUAUGAUAUGCAAUGUAUUUAUUUAUUGCAAGUAGCUUUUUGCUGUAGUCAAAUGACCUAGUGGCCUCAUGGAUGGAAUGUUAUUAAUAUUUUUCAUAAUUUCGUAAUUUAUAAACAUUUAUUUAUAUUUUUAUGCAGAACACUGAUAUAGCCCACUGCAGUAAUGUUUGACAGUAUAUAAAUGCAAAUGACCAGAUUAUAUUACAUUUUUGAAUCAUCCCUAAUUAAAGUAAUCAUUCACUGUGUACAAAUCAUAAUUUUCACAAAUUUUCAGAUUCUUCAGGCUCUUCGUCAUCUCCACUUCAAGAACAUCGUCCACUGUGACCUCAAACCAGAGAACGUCUUACUGGCGUCUGCAGACGCUUUUCCACAAGUAAGAAAACCUCCAGUUCAGCUUCCAAACAAGCCAAAACAGAAACAUCAAUUUCACAGACAUAAACAGACAUUCAUCUAUCAGUCUACUCUAAGAUAAUGUGGAUGAUUAUGGCAACUGCACGCUCAGUGUCUCUACAAUGUUCUAUGUCUCUUGAUUUUAAUUAUACACUCCCAAUCAUUGAUACACGGCCUUUCUCUCCAUAGCCAUAGCCCUGUACUGCUCUGUACUGUACUAUGAGUCACUGUUUUAGGCAUGGCCAGGCAUCGGAUGGGUGUUAAACAAAUUACAUUUGUGUUAUUUACAACAAAUAUUUUCUGAACGGGAAGAAGGAGAGUCUGUUGUUAUAUAUCUGUUUUUCCUUUCCCAAAAUAUGCUCUGGCAACAUCACUGGCGUCAUUAUAGUGCUGAGAACUAACGUCCUCUGCAGUCUUGCCAAAGUCUAUUUUGGUAACAUUCUGUAGCUACAGUAAAUCGUCUGUAGACCAUAUCAUGUCCAGAUCGAACAGACAGUGUGAUAACGUUAACUGGCCUUUUGCGUAAUCCGUGCCAUGUCUGUGGAACCAACUGUUUGGAUGGAGAACAUACAGGAUGUUAUGAAUUAGCUUUCUCUAACAAGUCUUCGUCCAGUUACUCUAGUAUGGAACCCUCGAUUACCUACACGCUUUCUCAUGUUCAAGUGAAUACGAGACUUGGAACUAUGGCAGUGUAAAAUUCACUAGUGUGAGAUUGUGUUGUAGCCGACUGUCAAACAUGGACGUGUCUCAAACGUCACUGAUAUUCCCAACAUAGUGGGGAAUCUAGUGUAAUUUGAGACACACCCUAUCUGUGUCUCAGGUGAAGCUGUGCGACUUUGGCUUUGCCCGCAUCAUUGGAGAGAAGUCUUUCCGUCGGUCAGUGGUGGGCACUCCGGCCUACCUGGCCCCGGAGGUUCUGAGGAAUAAGGGCUACAACCGCUCCCUGGACAUGUGGUCUGUGGGGGUCAUCAUCUACGUCAGCCUCAGCGGCACCUUCCCCUUCAACGAGGACGAGGACAUUCACGACCAAAUCCAGAACGCUGCCUUCAUGUACCCACCCAACCCCUGGAAGAAGGUGUCCCAGGAAGGUGGGUGUCUGUCGAGCAGCAAUGAGUCAUGCAUUACUGUGAUAACUGUAUUACUUUAAAAUAACAUUUUAUAUAGUUGUGUUGGAAUGAUACUGAAAAUCAGACUGAAUAGGCUCUUCCUGAGUCUCUGUUGGACUUUGUAACCAUAUAGUGAAUGUUUGCUACACAGUCAGAAUGCCUUUAUGAUAAUCUGACUUACAUUUGCCCAGUAGCGGUGCGUGGGCAAAAUCACUGGGGAACCCAAGCCAGAAAGAAAAGCCAUAUUACAACCUAUGUGUUGUGAUAAUUGCGUUGUUUGCUCUAUAACCUGUUAGUUCAUAUGCCUUGCCACCGUGAUAUACAGUGAGGGAAAAAAGUAUUUGAUCCCCUGCUGAUUUUGUACGUUUGCCCACUGACAAAGACAUAUUCAGUCUAUAAUUUUAAUGGUAGGUUUAUUUGAACAGUGAGAGACAGAAUAACAACAACAAAAUCCAGAAAAACGCAUGUCAAAAAUCUUAUAAAUGUAUUUGCAUUUUAAUGAGGGAAAUAAGUAUUUGACCCCCUCUCAAUCAGAAAGAUUUCUGCCUCCCAGGUGUCUUUUAUACAGGUAACGAGCUGAGAUUAGGAGCACACUCUUAAAGGGAGUGCUCCUAAUCUCAGCUUGUUACCUGUAUAAAAUACACCUGUCCACAGAAGCAAUCAAUCAAUCAGAUUCCAAACUCUCCACGAUGGCCAAGACCAAAGAGCUCUCCAAGGAUCUCAGGGACAAGAUUGUAAACCUACACAAGGCUGUAAUGGGCUACAAGACCAUCGCCAAGAAGCUCCAUGCAAGAUCUCACCUCGUGGAGUUGCAAUGAUCAUGAGAACGGUGAGGAAUCAGCCCAGAACUACACGGGAGGAUCUUGCCAAUGAUCUCAAGGCAGCUGGGACCAAAGUCACCAAGAAAACAAUUGGUAACACACUACGCCGUGAAGGACUGAAAUCCUGCAGCGCCCGCAAGGUCCCCCUGCUCAAGAAAGCACAUAUACAGGCCCGUCUGAAGUUUGCCAAUGAACAUCUGAAUGAUUCAGAGGAAAACUGGGUGAAAGUGUUGUGGUCAGAUGAGACCAAAAUGGAGCUCUUUGGCAUCAACUCAACUUGCUGUGUUUGGAGGAGGAGGAAUGCUGCCUAUGACCCCAAGAACACCAUCCCCACCAUCAAACAUGGAGGUGGAAACAUUAUGCUUUGGGGGUGUUUUUCUGCUAAGGGGACAGGACAACUUCACCGCAUCAAAGGGACGAGGACGGGGCCAUGUAUCGUCAAAUCUUGUGUGAGAACCUCCUUCCCUCAGCCAGGGCAUUGAAAAUGGGCCGUGGAUGGGUAUUCCAGCAUGACAAUGACCCAAAACACACGGCCAAGGCAACAAAGGAGUGGCUCAAGAAGAAGCACAUUAAGGUCCUGGAGUGGCCUAGCCAGUCUCCAGACCUUAAUCCCAUAGAAAAUCUGUGGAGGGAGCUGAAGGUUCGAGUUGCCAAACGUCAGCCUCGAAACCUUAAUGACUUGGAGAAGAUCUGCAAAGAGGAGUGGGACAAAAUCCCUCCUGAGAUGUGUGCAAACCUGGUGGCCAACUACAAGAAACGUCUGACCUCUGUGAUUGCCAACAAGGGUUUUGCCACCAAGUACUAAGUCAUGUUUUGCAGAGGGGUCAAAUACUUAUUUCCCUCAUUAAAAUGCAAAUCAAUUUAUAACAUUUUUGACAUGCAUUUUUCUGGAUUUUUUUGUUGUUAUUCUGUCUCUCACUGUUCAAAUAAACCUACCAUUAAAACUAUAGACUGAUCAUGUGUUUGUCAGUGGGCAAACGUACAAAAUCAGCAGGGGAUCAAAUACUUUUUUCCUUCACUGUAUAUGGGCCUAAAGGCCAAUACAAUAAGAAGACAGUGGCAGAAUAAAUUAAACCACACAUUUGUUUCAUCACAAAACCGGAGAGAAACCUCUGUUCGGUGAAGUCCACAAAACAAACUGCAUGUAACAAAUAGUUACAUGACCUACAGCAUGGUCAAGCAAGUUAAUGUUUCCGACAUUUUCGGACUACUAAAAAACGAUUGAUUUAGAACCACAGAGAGUUACCGCAAGUCACAAAGAAAACAGGAGCUGCCUCCACUAUUCCAGCACCAUUUUAACUUCAACAUUUCAACAUCAUCAAAUCACCUAUGCUUAGUCUAAUACAGUGACAACUAAAAGAUACCAAAAACAAUUUAGUCCAAUCAAUGUAAGCUAAAUAUGGUGUGGCUGUAAAUGGUUCAGAUUUGUGUGUAUGUGUGUGUGUGCGUUCGUGCAAGUAGAAACAACAUGUUGACUCACCCUAGAGAAAUGCCAAUGCCAUCCUCCUCUCUUUCAUGUUGACGAAACGAUCUAUGACUCUGACAUACAGUACACGCUUUUACCUGGCUAAAAUUCUUGCUUGCUAGCCUUUCAUGGGCAAUGUUAGCUAGUUAACAUUAGCUUUCCACAUCUAGGUACAUAUUGAACUUCCAUCCUCUCAGUCCAGGGGCACAUUGUAUGAAUUUAUGGUUGGAUCAGAAUCGGCGUUAUAAUCAUUGGCCAGUACGGAAAAUUAAGUAAAACCACAAGUCCAAAUCCCUAUCUCCAUCCAUGGCUAAUUUAAUAAAGGGCCAAUUUUAGCUAGCUAUCUAGCCACCGGAGGACAACAACACAACGAGAGGCAACAAUUUAAGUUGUUUCUGUCAAUGACGUAUUUCUCUUGAUGCGAUGUGAUAGGAGUGAAGCCAAAUCCAAACUGGCUUCCCUUGACACUUUUAUUGGUGCGCCAUGACCAUUCACUGUUGAGCUCACUCAGCUUCCCUUGAUACUUUUUUAUCAAGGGAGGCCAAAUGCUCGCUGGCUUCCCUUGCAUUCAAUGGUACGGGUGGCAACAAUGUCAUACUCUUUAUGACCAGACAGCAUCAGAUAGAUGGCCUACACAUGCAGAGACAGAGGGGCGCUGUUUCGCUCACUCUGAUGCUUUCUCCGGUGAAAUAAGUUCAGCUUGCGAAUUGAAGGAAAAUUAUGAAACACAGAGAGAUGAAAGAUACAUUAUUUUUUCUUUUUUUCUUGGUAAUUUUUUUUGGCAAGCCUGGCUUCCCUUGGCAUCCAUGAAUACACUCCAUGCAUUUACCAGGUCAGUGAGUCAGUAUUAUGGUUAUCUGAGGGAGUCUGCAGAUUUUUUAGCAUUGAAUCGUGUUAGGGCCUGUCUGGCCUGCAUAGGAACCUCUCUUAUCACAACUUUGCUCUCACCUCUAGUGCUCCAUGGCUCACAAAACCACUAUGAAAGCCUACAACACAUAUCCUGGCCCCAACAACUAUGCUGCUAUUGAAUUGAGCGGAUGGCAUGCGUCAUUGUCCGAGAGAUGGAAAGAGAAAGAAAGAAAGUCUGUGUGUGUGAGAGAGAUAAAGUGUGUGAGAGAGAGAGAGAGAUAAAGUGUGUGUGUGUGAGAGAGAGAGAGAGAGAGAGAGAGAGAGAGAGAGAGAGAGAGAGAGAGAGAGAGAGAGAGAGAGAGAGAGAGAGAGAGAGAGAGAGAGAGAGAGAGAGAGAGAACCAAUUCUUGUUGCAGCCUAUUCAUGUGCAUAAUGCCAAGCGAUCCCUGGUACUAUAGAGGAGUGGCCUAAAGGUCAAGAAUCCCAACUGGGACUCAGAGAACCAUGACCCCUGAAAUAAUCUUAACAUGAUGUUGGCUUUGCUCAUUAGCCCUUGCAUGGCUCUGAAAGCGGCCUGCGCCAAAUCCUCUAGGUUUCCCACCAUGAGUUAUCCUCUGACGGCCUGCUUUGUUGUUCCAGCAAUUGACCUCAUUAAUAACUUGCUGCAAGUCAAGAUGAGGAAGCGCUACAGCGUGGACAAGUCGCUCAGCCAUGCCUGGCUACAGGUAAGCCUUACUCUGGACUAAACUAGAUAUUUAACAGAAAUCAUUACAGAUAUAGAAACAAGUCUCUCAGCCAUCCCUGGCUACAAGUAAGCUCUCCAUACUGCAUAUAUCACAAAUUAGGAAGAAAAGUUAGUACAUUUUGGCCCUGUCUUUCAGCCAUCCCUGACUACAGGUAAGCUACCCUUCCAUAGCUGUGGGAAGUAGGGGUGCUGAGUGCUGCAGCACCCAAUGAAAAAUCACAAUAAAAAAAAUAUAUUAAUAAAAAAAUAUAUUUUCUAAAAAAUAUAUUUAUUCACAAAAGUAGUGCACUGGGCCUUUACUAAUAUAAUCGGACCGAUAUAUAGACCACAGUAGGUUGGUGGGACCUUAAUUGGGGAGGACGGGCUCGUGGUAAUGGCUGAAGCGGAAUGAGUUGAAUGGUAUCAAAUACAUCAAACAUAUGGUUGCCAUAUGUUUGAUGAAAUUCUAUUUUCUCCGUUUCAGCCAUUAUUAUGAGCCGUCCUCCCCUUAGCAGCCUCCACUGAUAUAGACAUCUGUAGUGCGGGCAAACAUUAUUUUUUCUGCAUCUCCACUUAGUUGUAUAUUAAGAACAGUAUCUUGCAGGAUUCAAUAGUUAAUAUUGUAAGAGUUGUUGCCCUAUCCCAUUCUCUGCGGUUGUCAUUCUAAUGGGAUCCAGAAGGAACAAAACCCUGUCCUUAAACAUUUACAUCAAAAGGUACAAAGUUAUGGGCAAAGAUACAAAACAUCCACAUCAAAUUAAAUAGUUUUCUUGAUCAAAUAACAUGGAAAACAACCGCUUUUUGUACAAUAUUAAUUUACCAUCCUUACAUUUUACAGACGCUCUUAUCCAGAGCGACUUACAGUUAGUGAGUGCAUACAUUAUUAUAAUUAUUUUUAUUUUUUCAUACUGGCCCCCCGUGGGAAUCUAACCCACAACCCUGGCGUUGCAAACGCCAUGCUCUACCAACUGAGCUACAUCCCUGCCGGCCAUUCCCUCCCCUACCCUGGACGACGCUGGGCCAAUUGCGUGCCGCCCCAUGGGUCUCCCGGUCGCGGCCGGCUAUGACAGAGCCUGGAUUCGAACCAGGAUCUCUAGUGGCACAGCUAGCACUGCGAUGCAGUGCCUUAGACCACUGCGCCACUUCAUGUAAAUGUAGUUACUGUUUUGUACAUAGGCUGGUUAUCUAGGUUUGUACCUAUAGAUUUUCCAUCACAAUGAAAAAAAAACAAUGCACAAUACAGUAAUUGAGUACAUUGAGACAUCAAGUGGUUUGUGAUGAUGUGGUUCAGUUGGUAGAGCAUGGCGCUUGCAAUGCUAGGAUUGUGGGUUUGAUUCCCACAGGGGACCAGUAUGAAAAUGUGUGCACUCACUAAGUUGCUCUCUGUUGUCCCCUGUAGCUCAAUUGGUAGAGCAUGGCGCUUGCAACGCCAGGGUUGUGGGUUCGUUUCCCACAGGAGGCCAGUAUGAAAAUGUAUGCACUCACUAACUGUAAGUCGCUCUGGAUAAGAGCAUCUGCUAAAUGACUAAAAUGUAAAAAUGGAUAAGAGUGUCUACUAAAAUGGAAAAGGAAUGAAUAGACAAUAUCAGUUUUCACAUAGAAAUAAGUUGCAUUUGCAAAGUAUUUCAAGAAACUGGAAAACAUAAAUCAAGCAAGUAUUGUUAUAUUCCACAAGUAUUAUCAGAUUAACUGUUUUGUACAGAUAAUAAUCAGACUCAUGUUACAAAUGCUGGUAAACACUCAAAUACAUUUAGUUUUGUUUUAAACAGCAUGGGCAAAAUAAAAUCCGUAUUCCCCUUCAUCUUUAAAUUCGAGAUUUAACAGACAACGUAACAGAUAAAAAAUACUGUACAAAUCACAAAGGAGUAAGAAGAGUUAUUGUAUUUGGACAAGUUUGUCAGCCAUCCAUGGCUACAGUAAGUCUCUCGGACACCCCUGGCUACAGUAAGUCUCUCGGACACCCCUGGCUACAGUAAGUCUCUCGGACACCCCUGGCUACAGUAAGUCUCUCGGACACCCCUGGCUACAGUAAGUCUCUCGGACACCCCUGGCUACAGGUAAGUCUCUCGGACACCCCUGGCUAGAGUAAGUCUCUCGGACACCCCUGGCUACAGUAAGUCUCUCGGACACCCCUGGCUACAGGUAAGUCUCUCGGACACCCCUGGCUACAGUAAGUCUCUCGGACACCCCUGGCUACAGUAAGUCUCUCGGACACCCCUGGCUACAGGUAAGUCUCUUGGACACCCCUGGCUACAGUAAGUCUCUCGGACACCCCUGGCUACAGGUAAGCCCUACAGAAAGAGAGAUGAGAGAAAUUAGUUUGUAAUCCAACAGCAGGAAAAAGUCAAAAUUAUUAUUUUUGAAACUAUCACUAGAAAACAAUUGAAACUGUAGGCUAAUGCUAACUACUGUGCUCCUGCUAAUGAUGUCCCUCUCAGGACUAUCAAAUGUGGCUGGACCUGCGUGGCCUAGAAUGGAAGAUGCAUGAGCGCUACAUCACACACGAGAGCGAUGACACCCGCUGGGAACGCCACGCUGAGCAGCACGGCCUGACGUACCCCGCCCACCUGGUCAACCCGCACGCCGAUGUCAGCGAGGGGGUGGAGCCUGACCCCGAGUCGGAGGAGGCGGACACCAUGGUGGCCCUCAGCGACAGAGUCAGCGUGAUGUGA